UCGACUUGGGCAACCUUAGGAGUAGAGUGCAUCUGGAUGCUACAUCAUACCAGAUUCGUGAUUUGUGCAAACACUUAGACGACAACAAAAUCGAGAUCACGUUAUUCCAAUUAACCCCACCUGAAAAGGAGGUUCUCCCGAUCCUUGUAAGAGUUGGAGAGAGUUUAACGUUCCAAGCCCUUUGGAAGGAGUAUGGGCUCAAAGCCCAAAGUGAUAGAAACAAUGACAAGGCGCAAAAACAACACCUCAGUCUUUCCGAUGUCGUUGAAAAUGUUUGUAAACCAGCUUUUAAAAGGUGGACCAAGAAUGUUGCUGGUGUCAAAGAUGGAACAAUUUCUCUUGGAGAUGUUGACAAGCUCUUUGACGACUAUAGAAACCGCAAAAGUGAACUCGAGGGAGAGUUAUCCUGCAUGUUUAAAGUGAACAAAGGUCAAACAACCUCAAACGUCAAAGAAUUAAAUAAAACUGUCAGAGAGCGAGUUGCUCAAAUUCAACGUUACCAACAGCUUUAUCAGUACUCCAAUGCAGCAGACACCAUCUGGGAGUUUAAAGAGGCAAUGGGUUUUACCGGGAACUUCAAAGUUGUUGAAGAUCUGCGUGAUCAGGUAUCAUAGUCCUUGUUGCUUAUGGCCGAUACCGAGUAGGUUGAGAAAGAGAACAAGAGUAUCUUUCCUAGAAUGGGAUGCAGUUGUUUAUCGUGGUGAAUGCAUUUGCAGUGAAAUAUGUUCCUUCGUCUCACGAUUUGGUCACUGCCAAUCUAGAGAGCGAUGUCUUUUCCAGGUGCUGGUCUUCUUCAAGCGCCCGAAAAAGACAAAGAUGUGCGGUCGAAACGUCGCCAACCACAUCUGGAAGUGACUACAUCGUGAUGCGAAAGAGUAUACUUCUUUACUAACAAUUUCUGUCCGUGACAUUAGAAAUGUUCUACCCAAACUGAGGAAGCUCUGUUAAUUUUUAGUCAAGUCUUGAAGUUUGAUUUGAGGAAAAAGGUGCACUUUCACUUUAAGACAGAUCCUGCACAACAGAAAGCUAUCGGCGACUGCAAACGAGAAGUGCACCUUUAACUAAAUUACAGUAUGCGAUUAAAGCGUGUUCCAUUUUACUUUUUUAAUGUAGCUAUCUGUAGAAUUUAAGCAAAAGUCCUUGCACAGCAUUGGGGAAAACUAUGCAAAGGCCAGUCAAGCUCUUCAAUGUUUGGAUUUCAAUAAGGCUCAGUGCCUCAAAGCGGUGGUGGACAGUAAACGGCUGGUGGAGUGGUUACGUUCUACUAUCAAAUGUAAGUUGAGGCAUGCGGUGGUUAGUGGCCGUAGAGUUUGAAACGGAAACACUAGACGAAUCACUACUACCCUCCGUUGCCAUAAUCGAUCUCCAAGGUUGCUACCCCUGAUUUCGCCAGCUUUCCUAACAUUCAACAGAGAUUUAUGUUUUCCGCGACGCAAGAAAAUAUUGAUUUUCGCUUGUAUUAUACAUACUGGAAGAAUUACUCACUUGAGCGUCAGUCUGGAAAAGUAAUGAACAUCGUUACUUAUCUUUUGUUUCACAGCCACCCAAGAGCUUAAGGUUCUUGUUGACUUGGCCUUGAUCUCUGCUGGUGAAAACGACAUGGAAACUGAACGCAUAUCCAGUCUACAUACCAGCUGCCUAGGUUUUACUCCACUGAUAUUUGACCUCAAAGAGAGUGAAGAAGAAAGAGUGAAUUUUGAUCAACUGAUGAACGCCUGUGAUUCUGUGUGGAAAUCAGUUGAGACAGAUCAGACGUUGCCCAAAAAGCUGGUAAAAUAUCAGAAUUUGUAGUAAAAUAUGUCUUUGUUGUUCACUGUGGUGUAAGAUACGAGAUGAACUUUGUUCGUUUGUCACUUUUGAUGUUGAUCGCGACGUUUCGACUGCAAUACUGCCAGUCUUCAUCAGGCGAUGAAGUCGAUUGUUUACGUGUCGCUAUUUGUAGCACGUUGGUAUGCUGCUAUUGGUGCAUUUCGAUCCUCAUUUUUAUUCCGGUUGUUAGAUGGUGUUCCUUCAUAGGUAUAGGUCCUCAUAAAUUGGCUGUUGUGUUGUUUGAUCGUGGGUAUCCAGCUUCGGCGAUUUCGAUUCCGCUAUCCCUAUCAAAUCAAAUUUAUUUCAUUAUGUAAGAAUACAUAAAAGGAAACGUCAGAGGUGAUCCCUAUCGAGGACGCUCCUUACAUAAAAUAUAAAAUAAAUAUACUACAAUGUAAAAUUUAAGAAUAAAUAGGAAAUGGCUAAAAAAAAGUACAAAAUUUUACAAUACUUUCAAAGUUUACAUCGAAAAAUGCUGAAAUCCCGUUCGUGCACUAUCUCCUUAGGAAGAGCGUUCCACUGUUUACUAAUUCUAACAAAGAACGAGGGCAGAAAACAAUUUACUCUAGCUAAUGGUUGUCUUAAUUUAAAUGAAUGGUUUGAUCUUGUUUUACCAUAACAAUUAAAUUCAAAAUAAUCAUUACAGUUGAGGGCAUUAAGACCAUUAAGUAGCUCUAGGAAAGAUAGAUAAGACCUCUGUUUCGACAGUAAAUUCUUCAACUAUUACAAAUUCGAAGACGACUGCUGGACAACAACUAUCACUGACACGACCGAUACGAAUACUAAAUAGUAAGACUUAAAUUCUAGCAUGCAGUGUUUGUUAGCCGUCCCAGCGUUAAUGUUAAUGAUCAAGCGCUCGCUGGAACAACCUUCUUAAUUGAAGGCUGGACCACCCAAGCAUUGCUAGUCUUCCUUCGUACGGAGAGUCCCUAAAUGACAUAAGGAGAGCGUAUUUCGAGUCCCUACGUUGGACUCGUUCAAGAGCGUCAAUGUUCUUUUAUAAAUAGGGUGACCAGAGAGGGCCAGCAUAUUCCAGAGUAGGUAUAACCAAUGCCUUGUACAGACGAGAAAAGACUUCCUUGUUCCCUGCACCUACAUUCCUUUUAAGGAAACCCACAAUCUUGUUGGCUUUAUUUACAACUUUCUGCGUUUGGGUGUUCCAGAAUAGAUUAGAAGACAAUGAGACCCCCAGAUCAAUCGUUUCGGUGACAGACUGAAGUGUACAACCAGAGAGCUUGUAAGGAUAGCUAGUAUGAUCUCUCGCAUGGGUAACACAUUUGUCAGGGUGAAAACGGAGUUGCCAAAUUUCACUCCAUUUCGAUAGCAUAUUGAGGUCACAUUGAAGUUGUUUCUCGUCGUUUUUAUCAUAAAUGAUCCUAUAAACCUUGCUGUCAUCUGCAAAAAGGUGCAUGUUUCACUUUAUGCCAGUUGUGAUAUCGUUAAUAUAGGCAAGGAAAAGGACUGGCCUAAGCACACUACCAUGGGGAACACCAGAGGUGACCAUCGUCCAAGGAGAAAAAUGCCCUCGGAAUGAGACUUUUUUUUCUACCAACGAUAAAGUAGGUUAGCCAGUUAAGGAGAUUUCCACCAAUUCCAUAUCCCUUCAACUUCGCUAGGGAGACACUGAUGCAUGCUUUUGUAAAACUCUAGUAAAAUUAUAUCCACUUUAUGCGAGUCAUUUCUUGCUUUUGCCCAUGAAUCGAAAUUAUCGAGCAAUUGUGAUAGACUAGAACGCUUUUUCAUGAAACCAAAUUGCUCGCUUAUGAAGACUUGAGGAUCCGUCCAGAAGUUUACAAUCGACCUCCUGACAAUCUUCUCGCAGAGUUUAUUUGCAUUUGAGGUUAGAGAAACAGGUCUGUAGUUUUUUACUUUGUCUUUGGCUCCUUUCCUGUAAAGCGGAAUAACAUUUGCUGUUUUCCAGCCGUCGGGAAUGACACUACAUUUAAAUGAAGUAUUAAACAGAGCAUACAAGGGGGAAUCCAGUGAGUUACUAUAAUGAUUCAAAAUCCUUGGAUGAAUGUCAUCAGGGCCGCAACUUUUAUCGGCAUUUAAUUUCCGCAAUAGCUUUCCAGCUUCAAUGGGAGUAGUUGAUACCUAUUUGAGAUUUUCAGUUCUGAAAACUUGCGGGAAGUUUGAAAGAUGAGUCAAGUUUUCUGAUGUAAAAGCAGAGGCGAAAUAGGAAUUGAAAUUGUUCGUAGUGUCUUUGUGAUAGGUCAGAGUCUCUAUCUACUUUAAGUGUCGCAAGGUUUUUUGUUGCAUUCCGACGUGAGCGAACAUAGUUCUAAAACAAUUUGCUAACGCCUUCGUUUGCAGUUUUGACACUUAAUUGUUUAAGGUAUUCCCAGCGCGCUUGAUUGCACGCCUUCUUUGUUCCUUUAUUCAAAUUUCGGUAACGCGUCCAAAAAUUGUCAGAAUUUGAUGUCUUGGCACUUUUGUAAACAAAUUUUUUCUGCCUAGUCAGUCAAUAAAUCCGGCGUCAGCCUCGGUGCGUUUUUCAUUUUCCUUGGCGAUUUAAUUGGUAUACAGGUCUCAACUGCUGUAAAGAGUAAAUCUUUAAACAUUAGCCAGUUUUCCUGAACAUCAUCAGUAAAGAAAGCACAGGUCCACGGAACAAAAUUAAACAGUUCAUUUAGCAUAUCCAAAUUCACCUUCUUAUGCGAUGGAUUCUUAGACGAUGAUAUCUUAACUUCAAAAGCAAUGGAGUUGUGAUCGGAGAAAGGUUCGCCAACUUGUAGAUUUCUAAUCAACCCCUCGUUGUUGUUAUCACGAUAUCUUAGAUGUUUUUUUCCGCGAGUAGGUUCCAGCACUUGUUGUGACAUAAAUGAUGCAGAAGAAUAUCCAUUAGUCUGCAAUUUGCGUCAGGAUCACGGAGAACAGAAGUAGUAGACCAGUCGAUGUCCGAAGGGUUAAAAUCGCUGACCAAUACAAUCUCAGCAGAGUCGUAGAACUCGUCUAGGGAAGCACUCAAGUCAACCAGAGGCUCAAUUAAAUUUUUGGCGGCUGGUAAAAAACUCCAAAUGUAGAUGAUUUGUUUUUCCCAUAUAAAUAUCGACUCACAAGAGUUCUGAAUUGGGAUCACAGUUACGACGUGUAGAUAAAAUUUCUUCUCCUACAGCCAAAAGGACAACCCCGCCUUUCCUAUUUCGAUCCUUGCGAUAGUAGAUAACGUAGUUCGAUGGGAAUAAUUCCGCGUCAAGUAUGGUAUCAUCUGGGUGAGACUCCGUAACAACGACAGUGUCGUAACCCUUACGAGCGAGCUGAGAUUCCAAGAACGUUGUCUUAUUUACCGGCGAACAUGCAUUGAAAUACAGAACAGAUAAGCUGGUCCGGUAAAGUUUCCGUACAGCCCCAUACUAUUGUAAAACAAAUCUGUUUUCCCAAUGGCAAUGUAUUGUUUUUGUCAUUGUUUUCUCUGUUCAAGAACUGAAUGCGUAAUGUAGUAUGGGGCUGUGCGGAAAUUUUACAGCUGGUCCUCCCUGGCAUCGAUGCAGGACCCAGGUUGGAAGAAAUGUCGCCACAAACAAGAAUGCGCACAAGGGGGAAUUCAGCCCAAAGUAGAAUCGCCGCUAUCUUGUAUGCCAGCACGAGGUUCGCCUGUCGAAGUCCAAAAGCCACCAAAUACUCGAUGUGUCGUCAGUAAAGCAAGCAGCAUGAGACAGCAAACCAUAUUUGUAAGUUGGUCGUAACUACAACGUUCUCGAAUGCGGAGCAAGGAAAGACAAAAGAGGAAAAAGAGAGCACACGACAGCGUGGUUGCUAGCCCCAUUCCCAACUGUUGAUGUUGAACUCCCUAUUGAUGUUGUUGGGAUGAAGUCUUAUAUGGAUAGCCUCUUUGACCCAACGUGUGUACCAGUGGGAGUCACGAUCAAUAAACUUAACCUUACUCCAAAUAGAAAAAUGCCCCGUUUCGUUAGCGUGCUCCAAAACCAGAGAGGUCUGAGUACGAGCAAACCGUAUGUCUCCGUCAUGUUCUUUUAUCCUUUCUCCCACUGAUCUCCCAGUUUCAUCUAUAUACACUUUGCCGCAUUCACAUGGGAUCUUGUAAACGACACCGUCUGGCUUUAAUGGUUCCAGGGCGUCUUAAGGUCGUACUAAGUGAGACCUAAGUGUUGCGUCCGACUUGAAAACGGUCCGUAUGCCUUGAUGUUAUACACAGCGGCGAGGAAUUUUUGAUACACCCUUUAUGUAAGGGAGAACGGCAGUAGAUUUAAAUUCCUGCGCGGGCUCUUUGUUGAGUGUUACCCUUGUUGGCUUUGCGAGUUAGUACAAAUGAAGAAGGGUAACCACCAGAAACAAGCACUGAUCCUCAGAGAUAACUGACGGUUUCGUUGUGAGGUGUUUGGCUCGGUCGUAUAGACACUUAACCAUACCACUCUUCACUGACUGAGGGUGGUGUGAGUCAUAGGCUAGGUACUGGUCAGUGUGGGUGGGCUUUCUGUAGAUAGUGGUAGUGAGAGGACCGUCUGAGUCCCUUGUAACUGUUGUGUCGAAAAAAGGAAUGGUGCUAUCUUUCUCGAUUUCCAUGGUAGAAGGAAUAGUAGGCUGUUGCCUUUUUAGAUGUGGUAAAAAGCUCUUGAAAUGGUCCCGGUCUCAGACUGUGAAAGUUUCAUCUACAUAUCGUUUCCAGAUCUUAGGUUUGCAAGUCGCAUUAGGGUCAAAGAGGCUAUCCAUAUAAGACUUCAUCCCAACAACAUAUAUAGGGAUAGCGGAAUCGAAACUCCCAAAGCUUGGAUACCCACGAUCAAACAACACAACAGCCGAUUUAUGAGGAUCUAGGAGGGAACACCUGUAGUCGCAAAUCCACAAUUUAUUCAAAAACUCCAACAAUCGAGAUCAGGUCAGAUCUACAUACACUUCUUAACCUUUACACGAUUUGCUAAAUGGAAAAUAUACGAGCGAUAGCUAAACCUGGGAAUUUCAAACAUUGAAUUGUCUUUUUUUCGACUAAAGAACUCACAUUAUGUGGGAGCUUUCAGAAAUCCGCCGGCGAACUAAUGAAAGCAACACACAUGGCGACUCGUUUUCCUCGUGUUCGCUCCAAGACCGCUAUGCCUUAUGGGAGGCACGGGCUUCUCAACUUUAGAAAGAGGAAAUUGUUUAACAAGUGAAAAUAAUGAAUAAAAAAGGUAACAACAACACCACUGAUGAAGACUAGCAGUACUGCAGUCGAAACGUCGCGAUCAACAUCAAAAGUGACUAUCGUGAGACAAACGAACAAAGUUCAUCCCCAAUGUCAGAAUUACAGAAUGAAACCGUUGGAUUGUUUUCCUACCGAACAUCUUGUUUCCCUUUAACUCCUUAAAAGUUUACAGAAGAUGAUGAUUCACCUCUUUUGGAAUGCCUUUACUUGUUUUGCACUCAUGAAUUCGAGUUAGGUUUUAUACAUAUUCUCAGUCUUAUUCUUCAGUCUUAUUGUCGUGACUAAGUAAUGAAGUUCCAAUCAUGAAAACGUCCAUCAACAACCAAUUCAAAUAUCGCAAUAUUGGCUGGGCUUACGGCCAUUUCUUACAAACUUCUACCUUUCAACACGUUCCCGUUUAGCAAACAUGAGAGGCUUAUAAAGUUUGACCCAGUCUUCACCUGCCUUGAUUUUACCUCAUGAUACUCUACUGCACAAAAAGGAAUUUAACCAGUGGGACCAAAUAUGUGAUUGAUUGCCGACAUCUUUGUUUCUCGUAGUGCGACACUAACAGACAUCUGGAGUGGCUAAAAACCGUCCAAGAGUCUCAUGGCUCGGUUGCUAUGACGUCAUUAGUGCAGGUUAAGACGAUCAAUUCCAGUGGUGUAUACCUUGUGGGCCAUUUGGAUAGCAGUAAAGAUCCAUCUGCAAAACGAGGAAAACGAUUGUCAUACAAAGAUGUGAUCCGACUGACGGUUCCCUUUAAAGAUGGAAGUGAAAAGGAACAAAGAAAAACGUAUUCUAUUGACGAACUAAGGGAUUUGCAGAGUAAACUAAUUUUGAUCGCAGGGAAGGCUGAAAAAAGGAAGGAUGACGUGGAGCAGUUCGUUAGGGUGAGUGAAAAUACAAUAAUCGUGUGGACAGUUUUUUUUCCGUUUGAGUUGUUUUCUGAUACCGCAUUUAUUCGAUUGAACACUGGGGCGUUUAUUAAAUUUUUCGUUAUUCGAGUGCGGCGUUUAUUCGAGGGUGGUGUGUAUACGAGGGCGACGUUUAUUAGACAUCCAAUCCAUUUUUUGCAAACAAUUGAAUGGUAACUAAUCAUUUUUAUUUUUAAAAACAGAAAUAUGUUUUAGUGCUUGUUUCAAAAGUCAUUUUUUGUGUCGUUCUCAAUUUUAUAAUUUGCAUGUUAAUACUACUGCAAUACAUAAAGUGAAGAAAUUGAAUAACGUUCAUACAAUUUCAUUGUCACUCUCCUCAUCAUGAUCCGAGUCCAAAAGAUGUAAUGUCAGCUAUGUCUCCUCGACAUCAAAAAUGAUACAUUCAAAAGGAUCUGUUUCUGAUUCACUCCGAAUUUCCAUCGAUCGAUCGUCCACUGUCUUACGACCCGUCCAACGCGCAGCUUCAGAGAGAUUUGUUGAUGACCCCAAUGGGUAGCUAUGCUCAAGAAUCAAGAGCCCGCUGCAAGAUGAUUCUUCUCGGGGUUUCUUUUAAAUUUCCAGCACGGUACCCAGCCAUUCAUCAUACUUUUUAGAGCAAGCGGCCUUGAACGGCUUGUUCCAGCAAACAUCUGGUGCCUGGAUAUACUUGGUGCACUCUGUUGGCACAAUUACUAGAUCGAUUUUUUUUAGUGCAAUGCAUGAGUAAUGCUAUCUUCGAUGUGGCACUAAAAGGAGUCUUAGGCUAAUAGCGAUCAACCACCAACCUUUAUAUCAUUGCCUUAGUAGUCAAAAAUCUGUUGUGUGCUUUUUUAGUUUAUUUGAGGGCGGUAUUUAUUGAUAUUUCUGCUCUAAAAUGCAGCGUUUAUUUGAUGGCGGCAUUUAAUCGAAUAAGUACUGUACUGGUAGACUAAAAUAUUUUUAAAAAACGAUCUCUGGCUAAAACUUUUAAAAAUACGAGCUUUCGGCUGUUUGCGCUACAGCCUUCAACGGGUAAAAUGAUAAAAAAGGUAAAAAAUAUAUUAGGUGUGAAGUACAAAGUAAAAAUUAAAAAUGCUGAUAACUAAGAAUGUUUGUUAAAAAGAAUGUUGUAUUGUCCGGGCAAAGGACAGGAAUUGUUGUCGGCAUUGGGAGUUAACUUGGAAUGUUCUAAAAAUGUUCUUGAAUGUUCUUGAAAUUGUUCUAAAACCACCUUUGUCAAUAAUAGAUGCAUUAUCAAAGUCUAUUGCGUGACUAUUGGCCCAGACGUGAUUGGCAAUUCUUGAGCCUUUUGCCGCGGUUUUCACAUUUCUGAGGUGUUCUUUCUUUCUUGUGUUGAAGGCCCUGCCAGUCUCACCAAUAUAACACCUUGAACAGUCACCACAAGGAAUUUUAUAAAUAACAUUUGUUUGCGAUUCCAACAAUGGUCGCAAUUUUGGGGGCUGUCCUGGUGUACCGGUACACGAGGGAAUUCCUUUUGUUUUCAUAACCAUACAUGGAGUUAUGACGCAGUUCGUUAAUGUUUCCUUCCUUUGUGUACCGGUACACGAGGACACAACCCAAUUUUGGGGCCGGGAGCUGUUGUUGAAGGGUGAUGAGUGGUUUGUUCACCACUGUGAUGUCGUGUUUUUUGAGGACACGAGUCAGAGGUUCUGUUACGCCUUUAAUGUAUGGAAGAGAGGCGAACGACUUGCUUGAUGACUUGACCGACUUGCGGUUUUAGAACAAGAAAAAUACUAGAAGCGUGGCAUUCCAACUCCCAAUGCGGACAACAAUUCCUGUCCUUUGCCCGGACAAUACAACAUUCUUUUUAACAAACAUUCUUAGUUAUCAGCAUUUUUAAUUUUUACUUUGUACUUCACACCUAGUAUAUUUGUUACCUUUUUUAUCAUUUUACCCGUUGAAGGCUGUAGCGCAAACAGCCGAAAGCUCUUAUUUUUAAAAGUUUUAGCCAGAGAUCGUUUUUUAAAUUUCAUAAGGUGUUUUAUCCUGGCUGCGGCCCCUCUAUCUUUUCACAUAAAAUAUUUUUAUCUAAUUAUAGAAUUUUGAAGGUGUCAUGCGUCUAGCAACUGCAUACAUCGACCUCUUUGAAUCUGGUUACAUUCAUCGUAUGAAUUGGAGCCAAGAAUAUCACUGUAGCAAAGAUCAAGUCGAAGGCGAGUCUAUCAAGAAGGAAUUGGAUAAUGAAAGAUCGGUCAUCGAAAAGUGUUACAAGAACUGGAAGAAGAAGGUCGGUGAUGCAAGGAAGGAGUAUAGAGAAUUGAAUUUCUUUACCACGCAGCAGUUGAUGACACUGAGGAAAGAAAUCGCCACAGUUUGCCACAGCAACGAUCUUGCUAUGAAAAACAUCCAAGUGCUCACUUUGCUGGAAAGUGUUUGUCCUUGUUUGACCAGCACACAGUUAAAAUUAGCAAUAGAGCGUGCUUUUAAGGACACAAAAAUACUGGAGAACCCCAGAGGAACAGCGGAGCUGUCUUCAUUCGCUCACGUUCCUUCAGACGACGGAAUGGUGACUCGCAGGUCAGUGUUUGACAACAGCAAUUACUUGGGCACGAGUUCCUCAACAGCAACGAGUACGUGUCAAGUACAAACUUCAAUUGUCAAGAAACCGAAGCCAAAGGAAACAUCAAAGAUUCAAAUUUUCUUGAAUGCAGCUGCCGAUGAUGGUUAUUCGGAGCAGAUCGCUUUGGCUGCUUUGGCGAGUCUAGGUGUUGAUGCAGAAAAAGACGACUUACUGUUGUGGUGUCUAGAAGAAGCCGACGAGGCUGACAUCGAGGCUCUUUACGAAGAUGCGAAGAAAAAUCCUAUGAUUACCCGAGAACUCUUCCUAGAGAAGGUGGAGUCUAUUAGUCAGGAUAUGCCAGCCGCUGUUACAGAGGAGGCGGUUAGCAAAGACGAAGAUAAUGAAACAGAGAUCAGUCAAUAUCUUACACUCAAUCAGCUUGGAAACAUCCUAAGAGAACUUUCAGCUCCAGGUAACACUCACUUGUAUUCAUGCAAAACUGCUAAAAACGCUGCUGAGAUCAAUGAAAAAUCUACAGCUGUGAUGUCAAAAUUAUCUGUAUUUGCUGUACAAUGAAUACGAUGUUAAUUUCACAUUUCAGUAAUUGGAGGGACAGCUCGCACCUUUCCAGCAUUCUUAAAAAGAGGAUGUCCCAACCUUAUGAUUGUUCCUAGAGGUAAGUCUAACAGGAACCCAGGGAGUACCUAAUCAUAUCGGUACAAUGUUCUAAAGUUCCAAUAACCAAAAUCAUUUUGGUUUUGCUGCCCUAUAUUUCCCAUCUUGCUUACUUUACACGACAGCAUGUUUUCUCUACUAUGAUUUGUUCUUUGUUCUACCCAUUUUGUUGUAGAUGACAUCCUUGCUACAGUCCUCGCCCUUUAUAUGCAGGACGAAAAGCAGCCUUUGCCAAGCCAUGAAGAGGUGCUCCUUUGCACUCCUGAUACCACCACAGAAGAGGUACAGUUUACAUUUCGGAAGGAUUUUCCUAAUAUAUUUCCCCACCUAUAUACCGUUAAUAAAAAAUUGGGUCGAGGAGCUUAGUUGCUUAAAACGCCACUUCUUGAUUUUCGUAUUCAGCAGAUUAAGAAAGGUAGGGAAAUUUUCCGCCUAUGAUUUGAGUGGCUCAACCAUUAAAUUUUUUCUGCCUUCUAUUUGUUUUCCUUUGUCGUAGAUCGAGUUGCUGUGGAGACGUGCAAUAGGGGACAUGGAGGGUCGAUUUUAUUGUCUCGUACACGCAGAUGUGUUGGAUUUUUCAGUCAGUAAGCAAGUAGUGGAAAUGCUUAGUGUAGUGACACGGGGACUUGCUGGCAAGGCUCGAGAAGGUGAGUUUCACUUGAAUUAAAUGACAUGUUUCUCAUCGAAAAGCCAAGGUUAUGGGUAUGAAUCGUCGGUGGUUUUUGUUACUUCUCAGAUUGUGGCCUGGUGGUAAUCUGCAGUAGCGAGAAUGAAGAUCGUGCCAACAUAAUUGCAGCUCUUGAUCAGUAUCGUGUUGCUGCUCCACCCUGUCCUUCGCCAGGUGACCUGAAAAGCUACCUCAAGCAUAAGUUCCAAGCACCUCUUUCUCAAUACGGAUACAUCAGUGGUAGUAAGAUUACUUGGACAACGGCUGGAUCCUUAGACCCAGAAAAGUAAGUUCUCACUGAUGUUCCUAGAGAUUAAGACAGGGGAGCCUCCAUUCUGGCCUUGGAGGUAGAAAAUGUUUAGGAAAAACUUUUCCCUUCAAUACAGUUGAAAGAAGUUUUUUGUUCAAAUUGACUAAGUCUGUUCCUAGAAUGGAAGAUUUUAAAAAGAGAAACCCUGUUAUGUGGUUCGAAAAAGCAGUCUUCUUUUGAUGAGGAGUGGUGCAUACUGAUUUUUUUAGACUCUCCGUUCGAGUUGUCUCAUCACACCGAGGAGGUUUGGGAAAGACUCUGUUUGUUCGUCGCUUAGCAGAACAGCUGCCUAAGCUCGUAAACAACGACAUGGUUAUGAAAAAUUUGCGAAGACAAGACUCAAAAACAUUCUUGCACGUGACCAUACCUCUUCAUGGGAAUUCCACAGACUCGUCGAUGCUUGUUGAUGCGCUUCUUCCGCAUGCAGUGAAGGCAGAUAUACCGCUGUCCCGUAUAUUCCAUCUGGACGUAUCGCCUUCGGUAAGAUACUAAACGCAUGCGAGUUGAAACUUGAAUUAAUAUUUCCUGUGGCCAAUACUUGUAAAAUGCACAACCAGCUCGUAUCUUCAGUCGCGUCAAAGGGCUAGAUUAACAUUGUUUAUGUAACAAGUGUUGUCAAUGAGAUCCUGAACGAACGUUACUUGAAGUAAAUUUCACAUCAUUUAAUGCUGUUAGGAAAGCACUAGCAAAAAAUUCAGAAUUUAAGUUUCUUAAAGGUUUUCAGGCUCUGAACAUAAUCUUCUGCUGAAUUGCAGUUAAUGUGACAAAGACUUAAUUCACUUAUCUCAAUAUUUUAUGAGAUGUUAUGUCCUCCUUUUAGAUGAGACGGGGCUUGGACACCCUUAUUUUCAACCUCCUUGUCCUCGGCUACCUUUGUGACAAGAUGGGGAGAGUGUGGAGGAGACGAAGCACAGACUUGUACAUCUUUGAGAUUACGACCGCUGCUCCCCUACCCAUGGGUUUCACUAGGGAGGAAGAAGCUCAAAGUCAAGGGGUGAGUGAAUAAGUGAGAGAGGGAGAAUGUCAUCUAUGGAUAAUAAAUCAACAGAAUAAUGAAGUAGCACAAUCAGGGAGAGGUUCUUCGUCCAUUGUUUUGUCGGUGAAUUAAAAUUUCAGAGGCUAAAUUUUGUGGAAGGAGUAUACAGAUCAAACAAGAGAGGUUACCCACUUGUGACGUUAUGUAGUUUGGAAAUCCAACCCGUGCCCCAACGGUGGAAAGCGAGUGCUCCUAGAGCAUGGGGCCUGGAAGCUCAUGGGUUGCAAUCUUGGUGGUUCAAGAAGUGAAUUAAAUAUCCGUUGCUUUAGGGAAAGUAACUUGUGUCCUUCACUGUUUCUACUUGUGAUGUCUACCACUCUUUUGAUUUUCAGAGACAAUCUGGAAAAUCCACAAUGUCUAAGCGGCCAUUUUAUGACCUGCUACCAACUAUUCAGUGUCAAACUCCAAGAACUGUUCUCUGCCGUUUAGAGGAUACUCCAGGUAUUUAACUGAGAUUCUACUUCAAACAUCAAUUAGUGGCUGAUUCUAUAGUGAGUUUCCUUGAAUUUUUUCCAGAUAAACAGGACUGUAAUCCACUGUUUGACGUCAAAGAGUUUCGAAACACACCGUUCCAGAGGGUUUAUCAAUAUCUCAAACUGUUAAAUGAAGGAAAGAGUCUUGACAAUUUUACGUUUUCGCCAGGAAAUGUUGAUGAAGAUCAAAUGACAUGCCUUAUGCUCCUUCUAAGGUUUGUUGCAUGUACCUAAUUGGAUGCUCUAACUUGUUAAAGAUAUUGUUUGCAGACUAUUUCUUAGGUGAAAGGUACAUUAACAAUUUAAAAUUAGAAUAUGAGAGGUUUCUUGUAAGGGAGACGUCCCUUUCUAACUUGACGCUUAGGCAAAAACAUAGAGGGAAGGAAUGAAAUCUCCUCCUUGUUGAAGGUUGUUUAAACAACGUGUUUGGUCUCAUGGUUACUUACUACCGUUUUCCUUUGCAGGAAUUGCGGUAUUCCUGAUCCCUCUUGGUCAGAGAUUCGUCAUUUUGUGAGUUUCUUGAACUCGCAGCUCCGAGACUGUGAACAGAGUUGUUAUUGUAACAUGCAGCUAAUGGGGGCUGUUUUAGAAGGACCCAACGUGCCGAAUCUUGAAGGCUUCCGCUCUUUUGUUGUGCGCUUUAUGAUACAAAUGUCAAGGGUAGGCUGGCUUUUCAAAUCUUCGCUCACCAACUUUCUUAUAGCGUCUUGGUGACUCUGGGACAGUUACCGCAGAGAAAAACUAUUACACAAACGUUAUUUAGAAUGAUGUGUGUGUAGCCGAGGAAAGGUGAAAGUUUUCUUUACUUAGACGUUGGCUUUUAUCUUCAAAAUUAGUUGCACGUGUCAACUUCGUCGUUUUCAUGUAAUGUCGCUAUCUACAAUGUAUGUUUUAGCAGUCUGUACUAAAAUCUCUUUAUCAAUUAAUCAGACAAGUCUUCGGAACUAAAGAACUCGGAUACUGGGUUUUAAUUCAUUACCUUGAUUAGUGGAGCUUCUGAGUUCUAUUACAUCCCUUGAUGGCUUUUCAUCUGCAGUAAGUACAUGAAGAGUUAUUUCCUUUACUUUAAGGAUUUUGCUACUCCAUCUUUGACGGAAGAGAGCACUGUAUUCUAUACAGAGGAUAACGCAGAGCUUGAACGACAAGAGAUCGAACAGUUUCAACCUAGAAGACGCUGGGAAAGCAGGUGAGAGCUUAACUAUCUUUUUGCUAUAAUUCAAAACGCCACAUUUUUCUAGAUUAUUGUUGCCAAUUGUUUUGUGAUGAGUUAACUUAGACAGGUUAACUUUCAAGCAGCAAUCGUAUUGCAAGUUCAUUUUGUGAUAAAAUUCCCAGAAAAGGACUAUUUCUUCGCUUUUAAUCGCCCAUGUUUUGUACGCAGUUUGUCUCAUGAUAGUUCUUUUGUUAUUCAGUCCUCAUCCAUACCUUUUCUUCAACCAAGACCACAUAACUCUGACGUUUCUUGGUUUCUUCGUCAAUUUUGCUGGUGAUGUUGUUGACCCAGAAACAAGUCAAACUCUGGAGAAAGGUUUAAUGUCCUGGCAAUUACGAGAUGGUCUGCAGGCCCAAGGUGUCCAUUUUGCAACAAACAAGGAGACCUUCAAAAAGUAAGUGCUAGACGGUAAACCCAUUUUUAGCGAUUUGUCUUUCAAACAGAGUUAUUACAAUUAACCCUGGUUCUUUAGGAGUCAACGCUCAGGAUUUCUGAUAGGGUUGAAAGUCAGUGCUGAAAUGUUCAAGGGACGUAAUUGAUAAAUUGUUUUUUAUGAAGUGUGUGGUAAGAUUGGCAAAAUUCUUGGAAAAGGGAUCCAUGGCGUACGGCAUUUAGGGGGAUAGUUCUGCUGGCCUCGUUGUACCUCCUAGAAGGGAAGCCACAUUUUCACCAAAGCUUUUAUUUCCUACGUGACACUUUGUUCCAUAGUGAUGAAUUCUGUAUGACAUAUUCAUUCUGUUUUAGGGAGGGCAAGAUAAAACAGUUAUGUUCUGUGAUGGGGGUAAACUGGUUGUACGAUCCAGACAGAGCCUAUGAAUUAACUACAGACAAUGUCAAGAAGAUUCUGGCUAUUCAUAUGAGAUUCAGGUGAUGGUGAUAUAUUGCUUUGAAUUCCCAUUUCAUUGUGACCACAAAUUAUGGUUAGAUUAUGCAAGGGUCGGAGCAAAUUCAACUCUCAGUCUAAAUGGCAACGAAACUGACAAAGAUCGAACACAAACUCUAAACACUUUUCCAAAACUAUUUUGCCAUUGUCUGACAAAGUGAUUUGGUUUUCGCUCACUUCUGGGCUUUAACAUUUACAGAUGCAACAUUCCUGUGAUCGUGAUGGGUGAGACUGGUUGUGGUAAGACCCGUCUCAUUCGAUACAUGUGCGGCCUACAAGCAGGGCCUAAAGGACCUCGAAACAUGCUUCUCCUUAAGGUAAAUUGAUGGUUAAAUUUCGAAUAUUUAGUUCUACCAGCAGCGUACCGACACCAUAUUUUGGUGGUGAUAAUGGUGGGUAACAGGUUUUUGAUUAUGAUGGAGGCUAUUGUGAUGAAAUGCUUUUGGUGGAAGUUUUCGGUGAUGAUAAAGCUGGUGGUGCUCCUCUUCUGAAUAUUGUAUCGAUGGUGAUGCGAGUGUUGGUGCAGAUGGCGAAGCUUUUGAGGUAGUGAUCACGCAAUUUUGGUGACGAGCUCAUCCUGAUGGUGAUGGUAGUGGUCAGCCUAGUGGUAGCGAUGGAGAUUGGGAUGGUUUUAAUGGUGCCGUUUUCCGUGGUUGUGGUUCAGAUGAUGGUUGUUGUGAGGAUGGUGGUAAUACUGAUGUUGGUAACGGUAAAGGCAAAAUGGGGAGAGUGGGGGUAUUUCUGUAGAGUUCAGGGGUGGUGCUGCUGUUGCUGUUGCUGAUGGUGUUUGGAAGAGUUGGGCUGUUAGUUAUAGUUUUGUUGAUGCUCCUGCUGCUUAUGGUUGUGGUAGUGACUUUGGCCGUGACAGUAGAGCUGCUUGUGGUGGGAGAUGACAGCAUUGCUCCUUCUGGUGGUAGGGAAUCUCCCCCAGAAAUAAGUUCAACAACACCUACUUAAGAGCUACGUCAGUUUCAAGACAUCAUAUGCACUCCUUUCUGUUGGGAUUGAAUGACACAUGCUAUCAUACUUUCGUCAUACAUCAUUUUCUUUUCAAGGUUCAUGGUGGCACAACAUACGAAGACAUCAAACUCAAAGUUCACCAAGCAGAAGAAAUGGCCCUCACAAAUCAAGAAAAGAACAUUGACACGGUUUUGUUCUUUGAUGAAGCCAACACUACUGAGGCACUGACCAUGAUUAAGGAAGUUAUGGUGGACCGAAGAAUCAAUGGUCGGCCUAUUGGACAAGGGCUAGAAAGGCUGCAGUUUAUUGCUGCCUGUAAUCCUUAUAGAAGGUAAAACAUGUGUCUUUCGCUCUAAGCUUAACUAAGCGCAAAGUUUCGUAGAAAUGAAUGGUAAGAGCAAAUUGCUGUUUCCUUAUGUAUUUCUAGGCACAGAGACGAGAUGAUUCACAAGCUGGAGUCAGCUGGUCUUGGAUAUCUCGUUAAAACAGAUGAAUCAGAAGAUCGUUUGGGUGAGGGACGUUAUAGGGUUGAAUUUCCUUAGAAUUUUGUCAGAAAAUUGACUCUGUGAAAAGAGGAGUGUUAACGAAUCUAUUGAUCACAGGUGGGGCCUUGUUCAGCAUUCUUUGUGAAGUUUCAAUGUUGAAAGAUUCCUGAAAAGGGAGGAACUUUCCUACCAGGCAACUGCCCAUCGACAGUUCCCUGUUGGCUGAUCCCCGGCAGUUACGACAGGCUCCGAUCAUCUAAGUUGGGUUACGCUCUGAAAAAACAUAAAAUAGUUGCGGUCAAGAACAGGGACAUUGUGUCCCACAUGCAAAUGCGGUAAAGCAUAGUGGUAAAUUAAACUGUUGCUUGGAAAUCAGUCUAUAGUAAUAAUUGUUCUCCACAGGUAAUAUCCCAUUACGUCAUCUCGUCUACCGUGUACACGCCCUCCCAGGGAGCAUGCGCCCGUUGGUAUGGGAUUUUGGUCAACUGAAAGCAGAUGAAGAAAGACUGUAUACUAACCAAAUUGUCAGCCGUUACGUAAGUGUAUUCUAACAGUGUUCCUGAACUCAAAAGAAGGUCUUUCUAACCCGUUAAUUAUCAGCCGUUAAUUGUCAAGGAAAUGAAUCUAGAAAUGCGUGACAUUUUUUAGAGGGCUGAAGGAACGUUUUCAAAUAAUCGUUCUGAAUCAUGGUACGAGGCUGGAGAACAGGAAGUAUGGCAUUUAGAUACUAAUAACCUUCUGAUUUUAUGGAUAAAUACUUAAAGAAAUGAAACAUCAGUCCACCAAACUAGGAUAGGGUUGUUGCUUUGUCUUAUUCUUUCUUCAGGAAUAACCACGAUUGAAGAUAGCAAACGUCACCUUACUCAUCCCAAGGCUAUUUUUCAUACAAUUUGAUUUCACUAUUUUGUGUUUCGGUUGUUUUUAUGACAGAUUCUUGACAAAGGACAACUAAAAGGAAACUCUUCGACGGUAGAAGCAGUUGCUGAGGUUCUGGCAGCCUCGCAAAAAUAUAUGAGAGAUCAAUCGGUAAGUGAAAAGUUUUAAAACACUCUUUUUGCGCAUUAGAUGCAUUAGUGUUAUAAAUUGCUUUUUGAAUCACACGGUGGCGGUGCAAGCCCAAAGAGAGAAUAACCUUUGUUUUUUAAUCAAGGAUGAGUGCAGCUUUGUUAGUCUUCGUGAUGUGGAGAGAGCCAUGCAAGUGAUGGACUGGUUCUAUAAGCACGUACAUACACUCGGUAGACUUAUGAAAGAGGUGACCGCUAAGCAACGAAGGGAGGUAGGUUUAGACGUCAAUGCAGAUGAUGUGGAGGAAGAGGUGGUAAUAAAGCUAUUUGACAUUUUGUGCCAUAAUAAAUAAAAUUAUAUCGAAAAUAGGAUUUGGGUCAUAAACAAUCCCAUAGAAUGCCAGAAUGAACUAUUUUCAAGUUUUUAAACCCUCUCAAACCGGUGGAAAUGUUUCUUGAUAGUCAGUUUGUUUGCAUGAAAAUUGGACCAAAAAGGGUAAACUUUGAAAACGCUCCUCGUUUUGGGCACUUCGGAUUUACCUUAUUGAAUUAUUUUAUGAUCCUACAAAACAACGGUCUAGAAUGCAUUACUGAAAAUUUGGUGCUAUAGUACAUCAUCUUACUCAAACCACAAAUAGGUGAGUGUAUCACUGAGGAAGUCCAAUUAUGUUUGUGGGGCCGCAAGAAUUAUGUUUAAAAGUGUCAUGAUAUUGUAUAUUCCGCAGGAUUCAAUCACUCCCCUCACCCGUGCCCUGGUACUCGCCAUUGGUGUCUGUUAUCAUGCCAAACUUCAGGAGCGGCGGGAAGAAUAUCGCACCGUCGUGGCACGCAGCUUUAAGGCGCCAUGUUUUCUUCCAGGUGGUCACAAGCAGAUACACCGUGAGAUUUUAAGGUAUGAGAAAAGUCUAAUGCAACGAGGUCUACUUCAUGCGAAAGAAUUAAUGACCCAGCUUUUUGGACCUUUUACGUACCCAAAAAGAAAGAUAUUUAUUGCGCCCAGUCAACUGAAUGUUGUAAACCUUGUAUGUUGUUAAGGCAAAGAAGGUUUUGGUUCAUAUUUAUGUGGUGUUGGCGGAGGUUUGAUCAAAAGGAUAAGAGUUAUGGAGUUUCCCUACGCUGGUUCUUUACCAGAUGCAAAUAAGCAAGUUAUCUCAUGUGUCCUAUUUUUGUUUGUACUAGUUGUCAAAAAGCUGUGCUAAAGGAGUUGGAACUCGGCCCCAACAUUGCUCGCAACGCAGCCUUGAGCGAAAAUGUUUUUAUGAUGGUGGUGUGCAUUGAGCUCAGGAUUCCACUGUUUGUGGUUGGAAAACCGGGCAGCUCAAAAUCUUUGGCUAAGAAUGUUGUUGCUGAUAACAUGCAAGGUUAUGCUGCAAGAUCGUCACUAUUCAAGACCUUCAAGCAGGUUUUAUGGCCAUUUCAGAUACACUGUAAUGUUAUUUUCUUCUUUCCCUGUGUGGAGAGCAAUUAGGAUCAAUGUAAUGGGAAUUCGUAGGCGAUAUGUUAAUCUCGCAGUAGUCAAUGUCCUAGUUUCAUUCAAGUUUGAGCUUUGGCUGGGCUAUCAUGUUAACCUGGUCAAGACACAUUACUAUAACAGCUUCUUUUUGCACCAAAAAGUACGAAUGGUGACCAGCAUACUUUCAUGGAAGAUAGUCGAAUCUCUUGGGGAUAUUAGUAAAUCAUUCGCCAUUUGGUCACCAGAGGUUUCUACGCGCUUCGCUUUAUCCACAAUAUUUCUCCUCUACGUUUUGGAAUUGAAGAGGAUAUUAAUUUCAGUCACACCAAGCGCCUUUAACAUCUUUUCCUUCCCAAAAAGUGUUGUAUGCGUAGCAUGCUUGUGUUUACCUCAAGGUCCGCUUUUAAGGACAGUAAAAUUAUUUAUUUCAUGGUAGGUUCACAUGGCAUCAUAUCAGUGCAGUCCUCUUUCAACCCCUGAGGGUAUCGUGGCGACUUUCAAGCAGUGUAGCAAGUUACAGGAAGGAACAAAUCCAGACAAGUUUGUUUCGGUUGUAGUCCUUGAUGAGGUUGGUCUGGCGGAAGACUCUCCUCUCAUGCCUCUUAAAACUUUACAUCCAUUACUCGAGGAUGGUGUAACAAGUGCAGAUGACGUCAUCGAAACUGACGAGAAACCGCAGCGCGUGGCUUUCAUUGGAAUCUCAAAUUGGGCCUUGGAUCCCGCCAAAAUGAACCGUGGAAUCAUGCUGUCGCGUGGGGUUCCAAGCGAGGAAGAACUUAUAGACAGUGCUAUGUAAGUGAAGUUUUUGGUAUCCUUUCGCUUUGGCACUCAUAUUAACCUAUGAGAAAACGUUAUUGCGGCCGCACAACUAGUUUCGUUGGACCAUGUGAAGACCGUCAUAACUAUGGUAAAGACACUUUAGAAUAAAAUUGAUCAAAUGGCUUUUGAUCUCCGUUAAAAAUGGUGGCCUUUAGAGAUAAAAUUAUAGUACCUCCAUCCACUUUGAUGUGGUGAUAUCUCAGUUUUCUCGAAAAUCGAUGUUAGCCAAUAACAAUAAUAAUAACAGCAUAAUCAACAACACGGGCAAAUUCCCAAUCUAUUGAAGAAACCUUCCCCCGAAUGUUUUCAGGUGCUAUUUCGCAAUGUUUUGAGUCAGUCCUCCGUGGUUCUGAGUCAGGUUUGGAAACAGACGUUCCUUACCCUUCUUCACACAUUUGAGUAUUGUUUUCUAGGGGAAUUUGCUCCACGGAUGAAGUGGUGAAAGCUCUUAUUCUGCCUCUCAUAUCUCCACUGGCCGCUGGAUAUGCAGAACUUUACAGGGAACAGAAACAUUUUGCAACGUUAAAAAAAUGUGGCAAAGAAGAAUUUUUCGGUCUUCGUGACUUUUACAGGUUUGAUAUCUGAGAGCGUAUAUAGCUCGCUUCUUUUAUGAUGAUUAUACUUCUAAAUUAUGCGCUCGAAAUGAUACGCUUUUUUGUCUCUUUACGCAAGCCUCGUAAAGAUGGUGUACGCAAUCGCUGCAAAAUCUCAACAGAGACCUCGCUGGCAUGAACUAGAACACGCUAUCAGGAGGAACUUUGGUGGCCUGAUUGAAGGAGACCCUGUAGAGACAUUUAAACGCUACUAUACCGAAAAAGAUGUAAGUUGACCUAUGGAACAAUAUUUAGCUGGUGUCGAACUUGUUUCUACAUUGCGUUCACUCCACUUCACUGAAUUAUAUCCAAUCAUAAAUCACUGCAAAAUGGUACAUUAAAUCGUGGCGACAGGUUCGAUACAGGGAUAUUAUGAUCCAUGGAAUCACUAAAGGAUUAUUCAUAUAAAAUUCAAGGGUUUUUAUUUUAAUCGGGUUGAUACAUGUAUGUUUAGCUCGGAAAUUUAGUUAGCAGUGGCUUAGGAUUUAAUUUCUUGCUUAACCCUCCUUGUCAAUGAAGGGUGACUACAUUGUCGAAACCUCCACGACAUUAAGAUUGAUCGAGGCGAGUCUUGGAAGGGAAGACGUAGCAGAUAGAGCCAAUUUCAGGUACAUGUACAGUUCAUCCAAACCCAUUUUUUAUUCCUUCGUUUGUUGGUCGUCGAGUCGUAUAAAAUAGUGAUGGGAUAACUUUUCAUGUUAAUUUAAUGUCCUACAGUGAAAACCGUUACCUUCUGAUUCUGACUGAAAAAUACGCCGCCUUACCCAUAAUGCAGCAGCAUCUUUUGAGAACAGCGGACAAUGUGGUUGUCAUCUUUGGAAGUAGUUUUCUAAAUGACCAGGACUACACUCAGGUAAAAAGCGUGGGAGGAAAGACUCUCUUUACUUCUUACGAGAAUGGCAAUACUCCUCUCAACUUCAGAAAUAACACAUUUCUGUUAGCAGAGUUUUAUUAAUUACAGUUUGCGUCAGUGUCCGACUUUUCAUGAUAGUACUUGUCUUUGAGUUGGCUCGACAGUGUACUCAGGACUUACUAUCAAAUGUUUUUUAGAGAUUGUGGGAGAGGUAAACGAUGAUGGCAUGAAAAAGUAAAUUUAUGGAUCUAGGAACAAACUUUUUUACGAAAGAAUUCAGUUUCAUGUGCAAAUCGAGAGAUGAUUGUUUCUGGUGUUCAGUGCAUGAGUCCUAGAGUAAAUUGUUGAACUUUAUAACUUACGUUUAUAACUUGAUGUCCAGAUUUGUCGCAACAUCAAUCGUAUCAAGGUUUGUAUGGAGACAGGAAGAACAGUGAUUUUAUUGAACCUUGAAAGUCUCUACGAGAGCCUAUACGACGCCCUAAAUCAGGUGUGAUAUAUCUGUUGCAAAUGUUGUACAUUUUGUUGCUAACAUUCGCAAUGCCUCUCUUUGUAGGGGCCAAGCGGAAAGUGCUUUACUUUGUAUUACCAUGUUAAAAAGUAUUGUGACUGUUAUUGUAUAUGUUUAGUCGUGUCUUCAAUGGUAUUGUACAUGUGCUGAGGUGGGAAAGGCUUGGGAAAGUUAAGUUUUAUUUCUUGGUAUGCUGUAUUUCUAGUAUUAUGUAUACUUUGGAGGACAGAAGUAUGUGGAUCUUGGGCUUGGUACCCACCGCGUCAAAUGUCGUGUUGAUGAUGGCUUCAAGUAAGACUUUUUGCUGAUUAGCUACAAUCAACGUCAUAAUCAGUUGAUACAUCAUCUUUGAAUAGUCCUAUAUACGUGUAUAAUAACACUCCUGUCCCUUCCACACUCUAAAUCAUUGACAAGACCCCCUCCUCAUUCAAUGUUGCCCGUAUGUAGCUGAAGGUUCAUGGAAACACGCUGCAACAUUGUUUUGGGAGGAAGGGGCGAAUAGGUUUAACGAGUACAAACGAGAUAAAUUUGAAGUUUUAGGGAGUUGAAUAAGGCAAUGUGUCAACAAUUUUGUCGCUGAUCGUAGAUAAUUUCGAUCUUUACGAACAUUUUAUUAUUAUUCGGUCAAAAUGUUAUUUUUUGUGUGUUUAUUGGUGAGCAAAUUCAUGUAAGGAAACAAAAAGAAAAUAUCCCAUAAAAUUUACCUUUUUUCUAACGUUCUCCCAGUGUGCCUCCGUAUCCCAGUGUGUAGUAACGUCUUCCUAGUGUCUUCCUAGUGCCUUUCUAGAGUCACAUCUUGUAUAAUCCUUGAUAAUUUCACUCCCUUUUGUUAUUGUGGCUCAGCUGUUAGCGCCAUUUCGUUACUUGUUAUUACCGUGGGUCGAAGAGAUGAUUUAUUUCAUUCACACUGCAAUGGUGAGGUUUAUAAGCUGUACUUUUCUUUUGUCACAAAAGUUUCCUUGAACUUCCCUAUCUGGCGACUCUAAGCGGCUAGACAGAAAGCAUAAUAAAUUUAGAUGUGCUCUAUACGUUGUAGUUUCCUUCGCAGUCGUGGCUUGGAUUGCGUUUUCAAGACAAUCUCUAGCCUUUGUUGUUUUCAUCGUCAUCUUCGUUCCUUCGUGUUCCCUCACAAACGCAGUGCUAGUGAGCCAUAGAGCCUUAACCUAUUGUUUUCAUCGCUUUGAAUUUUAAGUCACUCUCCCUUCUUCAGAUUAAUCGUGAUUGCUGAAAAGGAAGUGGUGUACAACAACUUUCCCAUUCCAUUGAUCAACCGCCUGGAGAAACACUUCCUUGUGACCUUAACAAGUUUGACUCCUGACCAGAAGGACUUAGUACAGAAAAUACGGAUCUGGGCUAAUGAAUUUGCUGAGGUUUCGGGUGAAGGCAGACGUGUCAGGUGAUGUACACAAAAGGGUUUCGAGGCUUUGUUAAGGACACGCAAUGUUAUUGCAUUUUGCAGUGUUCGGAAUACUGCACGAUUUUGGGUGCCCAAGAGGCGCAAUUUAAAAUAGUAAUAAGGUAAAGCCUACGGAACAACUAUUCAUAAUAUUAAAAUUUUAUUGAUUGUGGGUUAGUUUAUUUUAACAUUAAUUUGUUGUUUUAUAACAGGGACUACUCCAUCGGAGACGCUUUUGUUGGAUUUCACGAGGAUACAAUUCCCUCCAUUGUCUUGCAAGUCUCUAAUGAAAUUCCAAGAGAAGACCAAUCACCGGCAAGUUAUGACACAGAGGAUACAUGGGAAAUGAAAGUAAGGUUCACAGAAAUGUCAUUUUAAGAUACAUACAUGUUGAUGGCUUCUGCGUAUUUUAAUAAAUAGGAAAUUUUGCGAGUUUCAGAAAUUUUUACUCCGUUAGAAACACUUCGCCGGUACAGCGAGCAAAUUCUGCUCUAGUAUGUUUAGCAAUCGGUUUGAGGAUUAAUGAUUUUACCAUAAUAUAAUUUGCUUAUAUUUUUUUCCUGCUGAAUCAUUAAAUACGUAUUUUGUUACGGAUAUGAUAUUCCUAUCGAUCACCCCGAGAUGCUUGCGAAAGAUGGGACAUUGAAAGUGACUCCUAAUUUACAUACUUUGCCUGCAACAUGAAUUGGGCUUUUGAUGACGAAGAUUGUAGUGUAAAGUAUAUUUUUUUACUCUCACCCGACUAGCAGAGUAACGUUGUAGUUGUCUUUUCUCCCACUAACUAGGUACUUCGACGAUCUCAGAUGAUGCUUUUGGAGACGGCUUCACCUGAUGCCAUUGCUCGCCUUCCUCACACUGCUUUAGAAAGACGAGCCCCUUAUAUCUGGAAUGCCUACUUUAAAGAACAACAGCACUCAAGUUUGGCGAAGUUCAUGUCGCACGUGCUCAAUUUGGAGGGUAGUCGUUUUGAUGAAAAGCGUCAGGAGGGGCUCAUGAUCCAAGUUAGUGACGGGAAUGCAAUGUCCUUCGUUAAUAGUUUGCUUCUCUUUUGAGUAAGGUAGAGGAUUUAAAAACCACAUAAGCAGCAACAUUUACAAGCCCUAACGGUAUAGUAACGAUACCAACAUGUUCUAAAGUGGUUAAGUGAAACUUAAGACCUUUAUCUGGUGCAAAGUCUUACAAGGCGUUGUAGGUAAUGUUCCAUAAUCAAAAAAUUUUUCCUCGAACCAGAUUUAACCGCAAGAAAAUCAGCAACAGACAACUGGAGAACUAAAUUUAUAUGGGACUGGCUUAAUCACGAACUUGUAUUUUUAAUGUGGUAAAUUUGAUGUUGAAAAAAAGUUGGUUCGAGAAUCCCCAAUUUAAACAGACUUUCAGCUUUGUUGUGAAUGGGAUAUGGCUUAUUAAACAAUGUUUUAAGGUAGCAAGAAGAGGUUUAGAAUGAGAGCAGAGAAAAUGUUUGUGAUGCUGAACCUCGACACGUAUUCGUCUCAUGCGGUUGGUGAUAUUACCAACUGACAUGAAUAGGGCAAAUAACCAAAUGAGUGUGGCUCUUGCAAGACCAAGAAUAUCCAUAUUUGUUUUGUGUUUGUUAGUGUUUGUCAUUGAAUGCGCUGAUUUUCAUCUUUAUUUCAGAUUACUACUCAUUCUCGUCUGCUCUCUAAGAACGAUUUGGGAGACAUAUGCAAUCAAACUGGCUUUGAACGGUCGACUGUGGAUUCCAUGACACUGCUAGAGUUUCAAACAGAACAACAAUUCAGGGCUUCAGUCAGGUGAGAGCUUGAUGUAAAUCAGCGCGCAUAGCAACGACAUUAAUUGUGCCACAGAAUUCCAAUACAUGUUUGAAACGAGCUAAUAAAAAGGCAAAAACCAUGAAAUGAGGUGAACUGAAUUUCCUUUUUUGUUAACUACAAGGAAAAAUUGUAGGAGAGAAGGACCUUUUGUGGAAUAUUCCCAAGUUUUGCCUACGAGCUUUACUUUUUGUAUCCAUUUAUUUGAUAAGUUUCUACUCGUGUAGACCACUCUCCGUAUAUGCGAAUUUUUUCUGUGGCUAACACAUUGACAGCUUUAAGUGUAUCUCACCUUGGACGUCUCAAAUAACUUUGUUUGAAACGAACCGUUAUCUUUUUCUCGCAGAACUUUUUUUGAACAACUCGGCGGAAAAUGUCCUGGCAUUCUUCUGGUUCAGUGUGAUUCAGGAGAUGAAAACUUCAACCUGAUUGCGUGUGCAAAACACAUUCUCCUGGAAGAACGAACAAACGCAUCUGAAAUGCUCAACUUGUCUUCGUUGGAAGCUGUCCACAUUGUGCUGAUCACGCAGCUGCCAAGAAUUGCUGGUGGAUGUCGUAACUUUAUCGGUUUGCAGGAUGGAAAAUGGAUUUCCGCUCACAUUGAUGAGCUUCGUCCACCCAGUAGGCACACUCCUUCCAUCGAGCAACUCACCGAUCGUCCCAUCAGUGAGCUUUUUAGUGGAGACCGCAUUGAGGAAGAUGACGCCAUGCCAGUGGUGACAGUGGCGGUGAAGCUUCUUCGUAACUGUGUACAGGCGGCUGCUUGUAGGGUUGAGAGCGAAACGGAAUCAGCUGAAAGGUCAACUCACAGGAUUGAGCUGCUUUUGGAUUUACUACCAGAUAACUACCAAACUCAGGGGGGUUAGUAAAGAGAAACAUUUUGAGAUUUUAUAAAAAGUUCACAAGUCUUUCAAUUUAAGGACUAUAACCUUUCAAAAGGUGCAAUCGAAACCUUCAAGGUUUGAAAUUUGCCUGUCUUCAUAUUUGGAAGGCGAAUGCAAAAUCUCCAAAUUUAACUUGAAUAUUGCAAUCAUCCGAUUGUACCAUUGGUGUUAUCCUCAAAAUAUCUCCAGAAAUUUGCGGGAAGGUAUUGAUUAAGGCGCUCAUUUUCCUGUAAUUGAAGAGAUUUGGUAUUUCCUACAAUGAUUGGUACCAAGAAGCGGACACCUAGAAAUUUGCGAACAACAGAAGAGUUGUUCUAAGACAUACAGAAUCAUUCUCCUUUUGCUAUUGCUGUGACACUGUGAGAGUAAUGCGCUACCUUUUUCCAGAGAUCAUUGUGAUAUAGAAGCUACGAAAGACAAUCCAUUCAUACGGCAUCCUAAAGUUGUGACCAUCUUCUUCUCUGGUGUCGUAAGGGAGGCUGCGAGAAUGACAAGGGUGGAUUGAUUGGGUUAUUCAUCGCCUAAAGCUUACAAUCUAUUUAAUAAACAAAGCAAUAAUGAAUUGAAACGAAAAUUAAAUUUGUAAUCUUUGCUGAUCCAUUAAACCAAUUCAAUUUUUGGCGUAGUCCUAAAGCAUUUUUAGUGUUAUUCAGAAUUGUAGUUCUGAGGGCAAUAGUUAAAGUAACGUUGUGUGAAGUGACUUGAAAAAACCAGGUCUAUUUCAACAAUUGCUAGAAUUCAACUCCUCAAUUUCAUUAUUUUAUUUAUCUCUUUAAUCCUCACUCCCAUCUCUUUUAAGAUGAAGAGUCAUUUGCAAGCGUGGCGGUACAAAGAACGUACCACCUCUUAAAGGAAAGGGAGCUAACGGCGGCAAAUCCACAAGGAUGGCUCGAAUCAGAGGCUUUGUCGGGAACAGGGAUGCAAGAGUGGGGCACCUUUAGAAAGGCUCUUCUGCAACGAGUGUUCUCAGUUGUGGUUCCAAUUUUGGCUGAGAUCAUUGCAUUGGCAGACAGAGACUGCAAUCUAGACUUAUUGAAGAAUGAAAACGCGUGGGUUUCGAGGCUGUGGCUGAAGAUCUUGGCCGACCGUAGCAUCUCAGUGCUGAGUCACCGUGACAUGGUAUCACCCGCCGCUAAUUCUGUUCGAGAACGUGUCCAAGUUAUUGGUUCUGGGGCCGGUGGUCAUCGUUUUUCCUGCCGAUUUCCAUUUUCGUUUAUUAUCAAGGAAAGCGUGGAAAAAUUGUUAAAAGACGCAACUAGCGUCGAAGGUACAUGAACUACUUUUUGCAUUUUUUUGCCAAUUUUUUUACUGUUGUAUUUAUGUUUGUAUGUGUAUGAUCAACAACAUAUGAGUAAAUCGAGACUGAAGACCACUAUUGGUACUUUUCUUAAAUUUUCUAUUGUUUACGAAAACAGGAAUUGUGGUUAAAAAUCCAGACUCAUGAAACAUGAAACAAAUCACUAAAAAUAAAUUGUCAAUCAUGGGCAUCUCGGAUAUGAACGAUAUAUCCUGGUGUUCAUGACGUCAAUGAGGUAAAUUGAAGGACUCGAUUUAGUUCUGUGUAGCAACAGCUGUUUUAUUAAUGUUUCCUCCGUUUUAGCUCAUUCUGGCGCCACUCUGUUGGACUCUCUUCGUGAAAUGAUCAGUAACUCACAGUUGGGACCUCCACUCGAUGAAUUGCACCCUCUGUACUCCGCGGGACUGCAAUAUCUGAUGGAUUUUGUUCACAUGGUGUACAAGCCUUCGAGUGAUAUGGAACACGAGGUUUCAUUUCCACCAGUGUUUUUCAUCACAAUAUAAGAUUUCUUCGGAGAAUAGUUAUUAUUUUCUCUCGUAGCGCUUGCUUAGGCUCUUCACCGCGCAUCCUUUCCCAUGAGAAAUCGUCUUAAUCAUUCAAUUAUAAACGUUAGCUAUCGCAAACGAUACAAAUAUGUUGAAUGUGUUACUAUACAAGAGGGAAAUUUUCCUUUUGAUAGGAAAGUCAGGGAAAGUCGAAGAGAAAUGUUAAGCUUUCUAGUUGUGUGAUGACGCUCUCUUUAGCCUGAUUACGUUUAAGUUUGCUUUUUUUUCUUCUUCUAUUCUUUUAGCUUGUUUACGAAGCGAUUCUUUCGUCAGCGAGAGAAAUAGUUACCCUGGAAGAUGAGGAUGGUAACGAGUCCAUUGAUAUAGCACUUGUUCAUGUUGCACACAGUAGAGUUCAACACCGUUUGAAGUGUUUUGAUACUCUUGUUAAAGCGAAUCCAGAUCUGGUACCAAGACUGCGGAAAGUUCUUCAAGGAAACGAGCCAGAAGUGGUGGGUUUAAAUGCCUUACUCGAAUAUUUUAAGACAUUAUAUGGACAGAAGCUUUAAUUUAAUUUAGGGAAAAGGUUUCGUAAGGGAGUCCUACACUGAUACAUUUAUGUUCCUUUAGCAGACCAGGUUAUUUUAUAUGUCUUGUUUCAUAACUUAAAACUAUCACUUGUUUGUAAUGGCGAGGUAGUCACAAGCGCAAGAGCCCCCUCCCCCCCCUUCUGUUUCAGGUACAACGUUUGGUAUUGUUUAACUGAUCUAUGAUAUGAUUUUCCCCCCAAAUUUUGGAAUUUUAAAAUUUUUUACAGCUUUUGGAUGUCCUAGCAUUAAAAAUCUGUCUUGUGGCACUCGAGAUUUCACAAGGGAGGAUGCUUUCUCCGAACACACAACAAACUUGGUGUGACAGAGUUUUGACUAUAAGGCCAGCGGUGGAGAACAUGAUGAGGAAAGAGAGGUUGGGACUUGUCACGGAGAAAUGUUCAUGCUAUGGAAAGAGAUCAACUCAAAUAAUUGAUCACUGCAGGUAACAAAACAACAAAUUUUCCCUUCUUAAGGUUGGUUUUCACUCUGACACAAGCAGAAGCCGACUAAACGUUCUGUUACGGUCAGUUAAAUCGGCAGACCUUAUUGGUAAGAUUUUGUAUAAUCAGUCAUUCGCUCGGUCCGUCUUUUAUGAAAGGAUUUUGCAUGUUGAAUCAGUUGGACUUUUGGCCAGCCAUGUGUAGUCAUCAAGUGAUUGCACAACCUCCCAAGAGAGUAAACGUCAUAAAUAAAGAACUAAAUGGUACUUCUUCAAAGAGGUAUUUACCAGUUAUCAAAAAGGGUAUUUACCAGUCAUCAAAGAGGUAUUUACCAGUCAUUAAAGAGGUAUUUACCAGUCAUCUUUACUUUGUCCAAGCCAAGUUGGAAAUUCACUAUUUGAGAAUUCUUACCGACGUUGCGGAUUUAAAUGGCAGGAAAUGAUUCCAGGUAUUGAGAAUGACGCGAGAAAACUAAUUUUGCAAGGCUUUGGCCAUAGUAACUUUGUCGAAUUCGAUGGGGUAUUUUUGCUGCGCAUAAAAAUUUAUUAAAAUGUUAUCAACGCAAAACGUCAGUAGUAGCCUGCUUUAACAAGUUGUUUAGAGGACCUGUAGAAUGUAUCAGAAAGUGCUUAUAAAAAGUGCUGCUAAUCAUAAGGUUAUUUCCUUUUUUUGUGGAUCAGGUCCAUGUGGCAGCGAAUAGGAGCUGUUCGACUCUUUGCGGAGCACGUGACUUCGUUCGCAGAGAAAGAUAAAGACGUCAGUUCCGAGAGCGUGAUCAGGUUGUGGAAGGUAGUUUAGAAUUAGGAAAUGCUUAAAGGAAAUAAUCAAUUAAAAAUUGAAAUUCGAUAAUAACAAACAUGCUCUCCUCUGAAGGUUUUAGGUGAUAAAACUGACUUUUCAUCGCUGAGAUCGCUGCAGGUCAUUGAAAAAUUCUUGAUUAACUACAGUGACGACAUCAAGCAGAGGUAAAGUGGCACAUUAUGCACAAUUUAGUUGUUAUUUUUUCCCUAAUAUAGGACCUCAGUCUCCGCAAGUAUCAGAGACUACACUAUUGAUCAAAUUUCCCCACAAUUUUUUUCGGGUAAAAUCUGACACGAGCCGUCUUUGGACUCACUUGUCACAAAAAGUUUUUCAGUGAAUUAGAUCAAAUCCAGGCUAGCCAUCUCCUGAUAUUUUUCUGAACUACUUAACUUAAAUUGAAAGCGGAGUGAAAUUUGGAGACACUCCCAGGCUUGUAAUUGUGGAAGGUGUCAUCGGCCUGUGGCCACUAAAGUAUUCAUUGGUGUUACAGCGUCAGCCACGGCUGAAAAUUUCAGGGAAUGUGGUGGGGUGAAAUCACUCGUCUCCUAAUUGUGUGCCCGAGGUUUGUUGCUUAACAUCUGUUUCAAAAAAAUUAAGGGCCAGGGGUUUAUCUGCAAAUUAGGCUUCAGUCCCCUCGCGUCCGUAUACAUAUAUUGAAAUUUUCGCGCAAAAAGAACAGUUGUGUUUGUCUUCCUAUGAUCGUUUCUUUGCUACAUCUCGUGUUCCCCUUCUAUCCAAACCGUCAGGUACGUUUUGCGUUUUAUUUUCUCGUUUGAUGUUUCGCUUUGUGAGCGUAAUUAUUGUUGUCGGUAGCUGGCUGUAGUGCAAUUUAAUUGGAUCAUGUUUCAGAAACCACUGGUUACGAAUGAACUGUAUGGUUCAUGUAACCGUUUUGAAAUUUGCCGGUGCGUUCGCUACAACAUCCCUGUUUUGUAACUGGUUCCUAGAUUUUUUCCCACCAUUAAAACCAAAACUCCAAAAGCCGAAUCGAAUAUGAUUACUCCGUGAAAAUAUUCUGUGAAUAUUUUCACAGAGUAAUCAUAGUUUCUCACAGCUUUAAAUGCCAAAAACUCAAGUUAUUUUUGGCUGAUGGCGGGAAACCAUGGCUUAUGACAGAAAUUGAAGGGGUUAUCGAAUCUGAGGUUAAAGAAAUAACUCUACUGCUGUACUUGUAAUUAUUCAUGCUUUCUUUACGACCACAGGACCAAUGAAGAGACUGUUUUUGAGUUGCGUCGCCGAUGUAAUGCCUUUUUCAUGGAGCUGGUGUCAAUAUUCUGUUUUGGUGACUCGAUGUCAAAGGACCUUGAACAGGAAGCUAUCACUCUGCUUAUGCAUUAUGUUAUCGGUCGUAAGUCAACUGAGACAAAGGAUUUCUCUCCAUUCCCUGAUUAUGCUAUUGACCCCACCCCUGUGGUGCGUUCAUUUCUUCUCCAGCUGCUAUUGCGCUCAAGGUAAAAGCAUUAAGAAACAAUCUCUUUCUCAAUUAGAGCAAUCUCACUUUCCUGUCCCUAACACGUCUGAUUUCCUUUGUUCUUAUCUCCAAAUCACAUCAAAUUGUCCAAUUAAUGAGGGAAUAAGUAUAAACUAAAUUGUCUGUUAUUUUUAAAAUAGUGUGAGGUUGACAAAGUUGGUGAAAGACCAUCUGGGAGUUUUCUUUCAUGGGGCUCGGUACUUAAAACCAGAACCUCCGCACGUCAAAGAAGUCUGCUUCCUAUGCGUCCAGUGCAUGGAGGUGAGUAAAUUAAACUAAUACUACAUACCCGAGAUAUUACUUAUUUCGCUUGUAUUAUAUGGAGUAAAUUGUAUUAUCAAGUCAUAGCUGUUCUCAAAUCUAACUGCUUUUACCACAGGACGUCCUCAUUAGCCGAUAUCAAGCCAAAGUUGCCGAUUCGAAGUUAGAAGUAAAGCUCAAACAUGCUAAAAAGACUUGCGAAGAGACAUUAACAGCUCUUAGGGCCAGUGACGAGGAUUCUGCUGAAAUAAGCGCUCUUUCUCUGGAUGGAGUUGCUAAAGGACGUUACAUCUUAUCAUUGGUGGCAGAGUUCCUUUACAAGUUGUUCAUUGAAGGAGAUAACAGCUACGAAGGCCUUGAAGCUAGGAGAGAAGUGAAGUUAUUAUUAGAGUCUGCAAGGAAGCUUUGCAUGGAAGUGUCGAGUUCGACACCGCGGCUCUACCUGCUUAAACAGCUUGUCUGGCGGUAUGGCUUGGACUGUGUCCGAACUCUGGGUGAAUAUGAGGAACUGGCGUGGAUUCUACUUCCAGAGGCCAGACAGCGGGUAGGUAAUGCAUGAUUAAUGAAUGGAUUUCGUUGAACUGUAUGAGAACUGAAUCAUGAAAGGAAAAUAGUAUGCACAUGUCGUAAGUAUACAGGAAAGGAAAACUCUAAAUACAAGGAGGAUUCAAUUUUGGUGAGUUCUGACUUUGUAGUCAGGUGCUCUACUUACAGUGAACAUGUUUACAAGCCAGGCCAUCUGCUGUGAGAAGUGAAUUUCUCUGUACUCAAUAAGAGCAAAUAUGCUUAAACCUCGUGAAUACCUCUCAAAAACCACAAGUGUUUCCAAAGCACAACGGUUAAGGACUGAAGGAGCGGAAAAGAGGAAGAACUUUUGAAACUCCAGACUCUUUCCGUCCUCUUUUUUUUCUGCUCAUAAUGGAACAAUUCUCUUAAAUGAUUGAAGGUAAUAAUCUUUUACAUUUUACUUAUGGUAGUACAUGUUGCUUGUUAUUGAUAUUUGGUCUUCAAUCUGUAGGAGAAGUAUGUAAUCCAAGACAGCUUUAUUGUUCAUGGAGACCAUUAUCGUGCCAUCCGUGAGGGGCUGGCCAAAAGUGUCAUCAGUGGGAACAUCCAAGACAUUGUCACAGCCAUUACGGUUGGUGUUCACUGUGUAACUGUUAACAUUAUUCUUUUUUUCUAUGGUGCCGUUUAUCUUCGCUAUUAAUGAAUAGGUAAAGGUGAAGGCUGUGGAUUAUUGUGGGUUAUUUUAGAUUUGGAUUGUAUCAACUCCAGACAUUCAGAAAUGAAACAAGAUAUGUUAGCACUCGUUUCGAUAAAUAUCACACCCAAUAAAUGAAUUUGAUGGCAUGCGGCUUCCUAAUACAACUUGACGAUUAUACAAUGUCUGCUGACUGCAUUGUUUGUCAUGCAUUCUCAGCAGUUCACAUCAUGCCAUUUCCUGGUCGUAAGGUUUCUUUUUCGUUGGUCGCUUUCAAAAUUUGCUACGUCACCCGUCAGUUAUGUUAUUCGUUUGUGGUGCUGCCUUUCUUAAGAAAUAUACUGGAUCCACCCCUGAGUUAUGAAGACAGUCUUCAUCUUAAGAUAAAUUCGUUUUAUCCACUGUGUUGAUAAUGAAAAUUGACCACCAUUAGGAAUUUCUUAGCUGAUAGUUCGAGCUUUAGCCCUUCGCCAUUCCCUCUGUCGCUCUGUUUCUUUAGAAACUUACCCCCUUUACUCAUUUGACUUAAUAUUAGAAGACUUAGAGGUUAAAUUUUACAAAUUUACAUCUCACAACCAUACUGGUAAGCGAAGUGUAAGUACCUUUAUAACAGUGAAGGCCAUAAGUCAACAAAUAAACAUCUUUCAUGAGAAGUUCCAAACACCUCACCCUUAGAACCUUGAAUAUUUUUCGUAGAAAACAGGAUUGCAAGAUGUUUCUAAGAAUGUUAUUCUCCUCCUGGUGAUAUACCGUGAAAUAACAAUGGCAAAUUGUUCUCCAGUUCAGACACAGAAUUUGUCUCUGAAGGUAAGGAAAAACGAUUUACACUUUCCAAAGAAAAUUAAAUUCUUCUCCGUAUGCUUAGUCAUCCUUCCUCCUCGCUGAUUCGACACACUCUCGCCUGCUAGUUUCAGAAAAGAAGAUAUAUGAGAGUAAAGCUCGAUGAUUUCAUAAGAAAGGGAGGACACAUAAAUGAAACGGUAAGACCAAUUAAAAACAUGCACGCAUGUUUACUACAAAAUCGAUUGUCGUUGAGGUGACUUGAAACGAAAGGAACAAUAGCACAUUUUUCAAUUCCUGAUUUUUGUGUUAAAUGUUGUCGACUUGUGUGAUACCAGAGGAGCUGGUAAUUGUAUAGUAAACGCUACCAUUCUUUCCUUAGUCUCUCGUUGAUUAGGCUGUUGAAAGGUACGUUUUCUAUUUGUAAUAAGUUAUGUCUAUCAUUUAGGCUCAACAUUUGGCCAAGGAACUUCUUGAAAAUCAACAAGGUGGAAAUCUUAGGGAACUUCAAAUUUACAACGGAAAGAGUCCGCAGGAGCAUGCCUUGGCCGAAAUUGUGAUCCAUACAGUAGUAGCUUUGCAGUGUGUUGGUGCAGCAUCUUUGGCUCAGCCCCUUUAUGCUCUCAUGACUGAUCCAUCGACCAUGAAGGUAAGUAGACACAGAUAUGCCAUCCUGAGAAAAAAUGAAAUGUUUUGUGCAUAGGUCAAAAUAAUAACGAUAAGGAUAACAAUCUAAGUUCUAUUGUUAAAACGGUGAAAUAGCAUUUGCAUGUCUAACUCUACAGUAAAGUGAGUAAGUUUCCAAAGAAACUGUGGUGCUGCGUCGGUGGGAGAGUAUAACAGGGUAAUUUGGUAUUAUCUAUUGAGUUGAUAACGUAAAUUGGCCACAGUAAAGAAUUUUAAAGCUGACGUUUCGAGCGUUAGCCCUUCGUCAGAGCGAUUGGAGGAAUUGUGGGUUGUGUGUGGGUUUAUAUGCAGAAAGUGGAGCUACGCCAUUGGUGGGAAUAUGGUGACGAGAAAACAGGAAAAAUUAGUUGAAUGAAAAGCACUCAAAGCCCAUUGUUAUCAGUAUCUGGGCAACUGCCCACCUACCCCUCCCUAACCCAACAUUAACCCUAACUUGUUAUGGGUUUGGGGAGGGGUAGGUGGGCAGUUGCCCAGAUGCUGAUAUUGAUCCAAAUUACCUUAUUCCAUAGUAAUAAAGGGGUAAGUUUCUAAAGAAACUGUGGUGCUGCGUCGGUGGGAGAGUAUAGCAGGUAAUUUAGUGUUAACAACUGGGUUGAAAACGUAAAUUAGCCACCGUAAAGGGUAAAAAAGCUGACGUUUCGAGCGUUAGCCCUUCGUCAGAGCGAUUGGAGGAAUUGUGGGUUGUGUGUGGGUUUAUAUGCAGAAAGUGGAGCUACGCCAUUGGUGGGAAUAUGGUGACGAGAAAACAGGAAUAAAUUAGUUGAAUGAAAAGCACUCAUUGAUUCCGUGGGGAUUGAGGGUGCCGAUUUGGAAGAUAAAUUUUUGUUCAAGUGUUUUACGGCUUUCCGAACAGCCUAGAUUUAAGAAAAGGCCGCAAACUGCCAUAUGCUGUUUAGAAUGAUUAGGAAGAUUAAAGUGUCUAGCGACUGGUUUGGAUGCGUCCUUGUCAUUUCUUUCCAUGUCGCGAAGGUGUUCUCGGAAUCGGUCACUUAGUCGUCUUCCUGUUUCGCCGAUGUAUAACUUAUUGCAAUAAGUGCAAGUUAUGUAGUGAAUAAAAUUGGCGGAGGUACCGUUAUUUACUGCAUAACAUUGGCGGAGGUACUGUUAAUUUAUCUAAUUUACGUUUUCAACCCAGUUGUUAACACUAAAUUACCUGUUAUUCCGUAGUAGUUUACUGACAGAAUAUCUGAUUUCUCCGUUGAUUUCCUGGCACAGAAUUCUUUUUUACCAACAAUGCCCGAGGAUAACUAUCUCGAGUGCAUGGAGGCCAUCGCUGAAACAAUGAGUGGCACUGGUUCGGCUGGAGAGUGGUAUGGUAAGUAUCUUUUUUAUUUUAACAAAUGUUUACGUUUGAAUUUAGCAGCGAUCUUAAAUAAGAAUGUACAAUUCUAGUAUUCCAACGAGAACUUUAAAAUUACAUCUUACACCUUUCUUUCUUUCUUUCAGAAUGUGGUAAUUGCGGAUAUGUGUAUUUCAUCGGGGAGGUAAGGAGAUACAUCCAUUUUUUUUUUAUUUGGACACUAAAGCCUAAAUAGGACACGAAAUACUUUAAAUUAAGAAAAUUACUAUUAAACUUCAAGUUUAGCAGUAAUAUGCAAUAUUUUCCUUAGCAGAAUAUUGGUCUCAGGUAGAGGGAAAGUACUCAGGGUUUUGAUGGGCGAUAGUGGGGAGGGUGGUGGUUCAGAAUCCCUUGAACUCCUUUCUAGAUCCGCAACUGACUAUCAUAGACCAAGAAAUCAAGGGUUGCAUUCUUAGAAACUUGCCGCAAUGGGUAAGGGAGAAGGAUGUAAAUACGUUAUCAAUUACCUGUUACCCGAGUAGAGAAAGAGCCCAAUGUACUUUUCGCAUAGUCACCGGUUCUGAUUGUGUUCACUAACACGGAUUUUAUAUGUUUUGAAAUAGUGUACUAAACCAAUGCAGCAGGGCAUUUGUCCGGAUUGUGGAAAAGUAUUAGGAGGGGAGCAGCACAAGUUCUUAGGAAAAUGCAGAGUUUCCGAAAAGUAAAGUGAACACAUCUUAUUUGAAUAACUUAAACGUUUCUAAAUGUUCUUUCUGUUUUUAGGAAAAUAAUGCUUUUUUUCUAUCUCACGUUGAGGACGGAUUUUUAUCAAAAAAGGGAGCUACGUUGAGAUGUUUUGAGUAUUCUUUUGUGCAAUUUGAAGACUAACUUCACUAAAAAGGAUACUAGAAAAUGGUAACUUGGAAGGUAAAAACACAAGAAAAAGAUAAUAUACCAAGAUGGAAAGAGGGUGUUUAAGGAUGGAAGAGAUUUCAACGGAUCAAGAGAAUAUAAACUGUGAAGUCUAUAUUCUCUUGAAUGGAUUCAAAUGACCGACUUAAAAAUUUAGUCAUGUUAGAGACAUGUUAGGGGAUGAGUGAGUGAGUGAGUGAGUGAGUGAUUGUAAGUAACAAAAAAAAAUUUCCGAUCUUGACCCAAUUUUGAACGAUGUUUCCCAGUACUUCUUAUCGUUUCUUUUCGAGGUGUCUUAAUACUACAACAUUCCCAUUUAAUACACUUUUAAGUUCUCUCCUUUUGUGAUUUCUGGCUUAUUGCCACCAACGCAUUAUGUUUUCAGUUCUUGUCGUAACACUAGAAAAAGCGACAAACAUCUCAAAAUAAUUUUCAAGCUCGUCGACGCGUUAUUUUAUUUACUAAUUACUAAAAGACAAAAUUUUUCUUUACAGAAAUAUCUAAGCAAGUGCUAUCUGCGCAUCAUGAAAACUUUGAGGAAAAAUUUUCUAUUCGAAGAGAGCAUUUUAUUUUUUUAAUUUGCGACAUAUACCAAAAUGCUAAAAGUACACCGCCACCUAUACUUCCACGGUCAUUUCGAAGAACAUUAUAUGAAGAUGGAAGGAUUUCGUUGUCGGCUAUUUCCUCAUGAAGCCAUGUUUCGGUUAUCGCAAUUAUAUCGGGGUUUAUCAGCGCUACAUGACUCUGAAGCUCCAGUCUUUUAUUGACGAUACUUCUUGCGUUAAAGGAAGAUAUGUUAAGAGUAUUCUUUCCCAAUGGUGGACCAGGGUUUCUAUGGAUGUCAUUGGAAACCAGAAGAAGAAGAAUGCACAAAUAGAGAUAUUUGUUUGAAGCACAUCUUCUAACACGGCGCCCUCGGCGACGACGAGAAGAGCAACGCUUAGUCUGCACAUGGCUCCAAAAACUGCCUAAAAUUCGAAUAUCAAUUCCUUUAAGGUUUGCUGGGAGCAAAACUAUCUGGUAACGAAACAUUUGAGGUGGUUUUGAGACUAGUUUGGUGAGUAUAGCCGCAGAUAAGACCAAAAACCUGAAGAGCGAAGAUGAACACACCUAUCAUGGUUGAACGCACACACACACUUAAACUGAAUAAAGAGAAACUUAAGACUUAUUUGUUCUCCUUUUGAGGUGAGCAACUGAAUUUCGAAGUCAUCGCAAGCUUGAACUACAGUUUUAUAGGAAAUCUGCGAGUGCAAGUGUUUUCAACAUAUAACACCUAGAUAAUGACUACUUCCAAUGACUUUACUAUGCGGUGCCAAACAGGUACAGGCAGGUGUAAAAAAGUUUGGCAAGCCUUUUCAUUAGUACACAUUUCUUUUUCUAAGAAUCUUGUGUAUCCGGCCUAUGCUGAAUUCUAAUUUUUCAACCAAAUUUUAUUUUCUUUAGAACAUUCUUAGAUCUCCUGGUAUCGGUUAAUAUUCAUGUAUUAAAAUAAUUACAUGAAAAUCUCGCAGAUAUAUGGAACAAUAGUUUUCCUCUGAUCCUCCUAACAUUUUAUUAUGGGUAGGGAUUGGUGCUGCUAUAAAAUUAUAGUAAAAUUAAAGUUUUGUCCACAGACUAUGCAUCAAAUUUACGAAAUAAAAUGUUGUAUCCUUUUUAAAGCUAGUUUAUCGGAAUAAUAAUGAGUUACCAGCACAAGUGUGGCUUUCAUGAUGAUAGCUUUCCAGGUUGAAAAAAGUCACUGCCUACUAAAAUCCUCAGUUCCUUUGCCCUGACAGCCCAACCUCAUCAAAAGAUUGGAAACAGGAGUGAUUAGCAAAUUAAUGAUACCGACCAGAGAGCCUAUUCCCACAUACACCCCCUCAAUCCGGUUAGCUUAUUACAUGGAGUAUAUGUGACAAAUUUUCCAUUUCCUUAACUAAUUAUUUUGUAAUGGUGUUUACAAGUUGUAGAAAAUGGUUAAGUUGAAAUAUACUGAAUAGAAAGAAUUGCCAGUGGAGAGUCAAAUGAAAAACUUUUGCAUAUCAAUAAAAUUUGUCACUGCGUUUCACGUUAACAUGGUGCAACAACUCCACCUUCCAGUAAAUUCAAUUAUUUGCAAACAUGAGAAAACACCAUCUAGAACUUUUCAACCUAUUUAAUGUAGCCAAUAACAACAUCAACUCAAUUUUUAAACUAAAGAAUAAAUUUUAUUGAUGUUUGGAAUUGAUUUCUGUGACGUAAAAAUGAAAUCCGGGUAUUAGAUGUAUCUCAAGUUUUCUUAAAGACACCCACAUUAUAUGCAGUUACAGCAGAGGUUACCGAGUAAAAUAACAGAAAAAUCUCAAAAAAGACACCGUGUAUUUCUAGCCAGAGGACAAUCAUGAAACAAUAACUAAAAGGGAAAAGAUUUGAAAAAAAUCACAGGUUCAAACACGAGUUAAAAAUUUCUCUUCUUUUUAAUUUUUACGCUAAACUGAGGAGGUUGAAACGUUUGGGAAACACGAUGGGGCAAGGAGUCAUACCUGGCAACUUCAAGAGAAGAUAUAAGAGAAGCCCAUACGAUUUUGGCGUAUUGCUGCACUGACUCACUGUUCACACGUGUACAUUCUUCAAUCGACCGGCGAAGUAGUUUACCGUCGUUUCUUUCAAUUUUGGCUCAUUUCCCCUCACAAAAAUUAUCAGUUACGCUUAAUAGAAUAUAAUUUCGCACGCUUCAUCUGAAGAAGAAAAGAUUUCCUUUCUUCGAAAAUUUGCUCAAAACAUAAAAAACACUCUUCUACAGCCAGUGCUGAGGAGCUUUAUCACAGUUGUUAUCAUAAUGAGGAGCUGGAAAAUAAACUAACAAGAGCUCCGCUUUUAGGCUUGGCUAAAUCUAUAUGUUACAAUUAUUUAUAAGUAACAGGCAAAACUGAAAGAGUAGUUUAAUGAUUAUUCGAGCUUAGAGGAUAGUGGAACAGUUAGGAUUUUAAGCUAGCCCACUAUGGAUUAUAAUCACAAUUACUAUAGUUAUCAACAUUAUUACUGUUCGCAUAAUUAUUUUUUACCAUUUAAUUAUUGGUUGAAUGUCAAUUAUACUGUUGAGUCGUCUUUCCCUUGUGUAACAGGGUACUCAUAAUUAUGUGGGUUGCGGAUUUCUUGUAUUGCUUGUGAACAACGUUACCUUCCAGUGUUACUAUACAACCUCUAUUUCUGGUCAAUGCUACAAAAAUUGUGCUGUAUCAGUAGUCACAAACAGUCUCAGACUGUCUAUUUUUCACAAUGCACAUUUUAUGACGUAUCGAUUCUUAGAACUUUUACGCGCAAGUGAUUACUCAAGUGGUAUCUAUAUUUCAACCUUCAAUCUCCAGGAAAGACAGGACCAAAGCUGGCCAUGCACUCGGAGAACCUGGUUCGAGACACACGAACGCAGAACCUCAAAGAGACAUGCCACCGAUAGUGUGCAGUUUGUUGAGGAUUAUCAUGCACUCGGCCAUGGUCAUGGGAGCAUCCAGAAAUCCACAGGUGAUUAGUUUUUAGACACAGUGGGCUGCUGUCAGAAAAUGAACAUUCUGAUAACUUUUUCUAUUAGCUGCAUUCCCUCUGAACCCCUUUAGAGAAUUAAGUUUGAUCUAGAACUCCAACGUUUUGAUGUACAUUUGAUAUAAAGAAGAAGAGCAUACGGAUCACGUGAUAUCUAGUUUGACUGACGAGUUUUCAGAGAUAGGAAGUCUCAAAUUAAAAUAAUAAUACUAAUAAUAACGAUAAAAAUAGUAUUAAGGCUUUAUUCACAGAGGGUAUACAAAGCAAAGUUAAGGAGAUGAAAACUCGGGGCAAUCGAGAACAAAUCAAGUGAGUAUCAGUGCGGGUCGAGUGGAGAUAACUUUGUCUAAAAUCUAAUGGAAUAAAUAUCCACAUGGUUUUAAUUAAGGAAAGCAGCCAAGUUUUUUCUCAUCCAUCUCACUCUUGAGUACAAUUAAAAAUCUUCGAUUUUUCUUUAAAGGCAACCGCACGGCUGAUCACACCUUCAUGCUCGUCGCAGUCUGUGGGACAGUUUUUAUGGCAGCAUUUGCAGAGAGAUCUGGAUGUUCUUAGUAGAGCACUCAGGUGCAGUGUUGAUAACGCAGCUCUGACAGUUCAUCUAGCAGUACAGCGGAUGAUCUCGCUAAAUGGGGGAAAAACUGGUACAAGCUUCCAUAUCUUAAAAUUAGUGUAAAAACACACUUUGAUUAACGAGCAAACUCUCAUCCGAUGAGAUCAAACUAAAUAGCGAGUUCAGCAUAUAGUACAAAAAUUCAGUCUCUCUCUCUCUAUUUUACUAUCCAGUUUGUUUAUUAUUGCCCAUUGUUUCUCAUUUCUCCCCAUACUUUCCAGGAAAUGUCCAUGACAUGUGUCUUCGAACCCGGGAAAGUCGCCGCAGCUGGGAGAAAGCUUUUUGCUCCGAGAUUAUUGUUCCUGUCGUCACCGUACGUACUCUCAAAAUUGAUGGAUUUCUUUUGGUUUGUUUCGCUGAUUGGUUUGCUACAUACGAUCUUUUUGCGUAUGAUUAGCGUUCUAGUGUAAUUCUUAUUUUUGGAAUAUCUUCCCAGCAUCUAGACGAGAAUCUUCAAAAUGCCUCAAGACUUUUGAUGGGAGACGGGAGAUUUGGUACGCUUUUCCAUAUUACUUGUUGAUGCAAUAAAAAAAUGCGCCGGAAAUGAACGAUAGUAGUAGGACUAGUGGAUUGGAGGGCUUUAGUGUUAUCCCUGACAGAGGCGUUACCUCAACCUUAGCUGUUAGUGAGGUGUAUGUUCUGUAGACAUCUACGAAACAGGUUUUACUAGUACUUUUAUCGUUGAAUGGCGUUUUUUUUUUUUUUUUUCAAUUUUUGCUAAAGUGUGCACAAUUACUACAAACUCUGGCGAAACUGUUGAAUACAAGCUUGGUAGCAAACAGAGUCUGCAAAACUAGAAGAAUUACCCUAAGAUGAUAUUUAACAAUGGAGGAGAUUGACUCAGCUCGUCAAUGACAAACUUUCAAUUUGUUAAGGUUACACUUUUCAAGUAAAACAAUUUUUCACACAUCUUCGUAUUGUGUCCUUUUCAGGAAAGGAUCCGCUGGUACGUCAACUUCACGAGUUCGAUGAACAGAUGGAAGACUUAUCUCAAGGCGUCAGGCCCAUGUCUCGCGCUCUUUGGAAGUACAGACACCAUAUAACUGUUGAGGAACUGAGUAGCUCUUUUCAAAGAGAAGUCCUUUCUGGAGACGGAGGGAAAUUCAAAGUGUUGGACGUUUUCCUCAAACAGGUAACAUCACGUGUUGCUGCAAAGGGUUAGGGUUCUGUGCAACAAAGAUUUUCCUUGUAAUUCUAACUCCUUUUUCUGCCUAAGUUUCGGGCAGCAUCUGCUCAAGAAAAACCGUCUCCUUUUAAGUCUAUCUUUACAUGCUUAUUCCUUUUAAACAAAUACAGGAACACAAGUUGCGUUUCGUUCAGUUUCUGCCCGAUGUUGUUCGUCUCCAGCGUCUAUUGAUGGACAGAUUCCACCGAAGAAUUGACAGAACAGAUGCUGAGAAUUAUACCGUUCUUAAAUUUCUCAAGGACCUUCCGAUAGGUACUUAAUGAGUUACAAACCUGUAUCCGAUAUAACCAGUGCCAUGGCAACUGUUGAAUGCAAAAGGUUGAUGAUUUGAGCUGCUUUUCAAACAGUAAGCUGCAGUUAGCAGGAGUACCUUUCCCUGUUAGUUUUUCGACAGGAUAUUUUUUGACGACGAGAAUGACGGAGGUGUCAAAGCUGUAGCAUUUUCACUUCUUGGAAAUGUGACUGCUUAAUUUCAAUUUUGUUUGUUUAUUUAUUUAUUCGUCAAGAAAAAGUUCAUGGUCAGAAUUUUCUUGAAAGCUCUUGUCGGUCAUCUGCGCAAGUAAAUUGCGUCCUAGUCAAGGGUUUGUAUGACAAGUCUCCGUGUCUGACAUUUUCCGCGUGACUUCUUCUGGAUAAAGGGAUUUUGUUUGAAGUUUACCUAAGAGAAAGUUGCCCGUGUAAGUGCAACUGUGAUGACUCUGGAAGUAAAUUUUAAUUCUGCUGAAAUCAAAUUCGUCUCCAGGAUCUGUGAAAGAGGAGUAUACGAACUUGUUCGAGAGUUUCAAGAAUGCAUGGAAUGCUUGCAAGUCAUUUCUCUGUGAUCAAGGUACAAUGACUUUUUCGUUUUCCAGAGUACAUGGAAGAAGGCUUGAAUAAUUCUUGUGAGCAAAUUUCGUUUUCUUUGUAAAUAGUGUUUGUGUAGCUACUUAAUAAUUUAUCUGAGCCCAGCGUGGUGAGAUGAAAAAGGCUAAACGCAUGAGUAAUGCUAAAUUCAGACUCCGAUGGGGAGUCAAAACUUAGUCAUGAAAUAAUAUCUCGAACAUUUAAUUUGCCGGUUUUUAAAAAGGAGCACAGUGAUUUGGAAAAAAUGUAGUGUUUUUCAUUUGUUAUUCCUUUUAUCAAUCGAAUAUUUUUAAAGUGGUAAUUCAUUUCAACUCAGACACAAAUUCAGUGUUUUCGUUGAUCGUUUGCUCUAGCAGUUUUACUUUGCACGUUUUUGGGUACUUUUAUCUGGUUCUUAUUUGGCUUUGUCAUUCUUAACACCCCAAGGUCGCCUAAGCGUCCCACAAGACCUUUGUUGUACCACAAUGGACAACGACUGUCCAAUCGCGAUGGUUCUCCCCAGCACCAGUGGGAUGGGAGUUUGUUCAACUUCGCUAACCUUCUUCCUGGUUAAUGCAAAUAACGAGUCUCUGGGAGCCUACCGUAGUGCAACUAAUCAAGACAGGUACAUAAUUUUAUAAUGAAUAGCUUACGUGUUGCUGUUUUGCUUUUACCUUCUAUAGAAGCAAAUAGUUGAUCGACAUGAUAUGACUCGAGCUAUAUAAAGUGUAGAUAACGUUUUUCUACUUAAUUUAGGUCUGGGGUGUUUGUUAAACUUACUGAGCUGCAACAUGAGACUGAUAUCAGCAUCCUGCAAUCAGUCAUCGUCUCCUCCAAAUGCAGCUUUAGAAUGAAACGUCAUGAAUUGGGGCUAUUAUUUUCGGGAAUAAUGUACCUUGGAAACAGUUACGAUGUUGAUGAAAAUCAUUUUCCAUCAGUCCUGCUCAGUCUUGAAUAAUUACCCCCUAAGCAUAGGAAAAUUACUCCAAACAGUUACAGACAUUAUUAUACAUUUAACUCACUAUCUGUUUUCUGAUUGGCCGAAAGCCUUCAGUGAAUUUUCGGAAUCAGCGCUUGGGAAGUCAUCUAGUAGCAGAUUAUACUAUAGUCAUGUCAAGGACACUCAAGGUCACGGGUAAUCAUGUCAUAUAUGACUGCGGUGCACGAUUUCUAAGGGUAACCAUGUCAAUUUUGCGCUUUUUGUUGCUAGCUGAUUUAUAUAUUUUUACACAUUUAGAAAUAAAUUAUUAGUUUCAACUACUGUUGAGACUAUUUUUUUUCCUUCACGUAUGAUAAAACAAUCAUUAGAUUCAGUUUUUUUUUGUGAUAUCCAGAACAUUCAAGGUCUUGGUAAGGGUUGUCAGCCUCAUCCUUCGGCUUCGAUGUAUAACCCCUAUCUCGACCUUGAUUUUCUGGAUCUUACAAAAAUCUCACUCAAUAAUUGUUUAUAAGUAAGACCCUACAAUAAAUCUCAUCUUUAAAAUCCUUUUUUAUUUAUAGUCCCUUGGGGCGUGUUUCCCUAUCAGAGGUGACCUUGUCGCACUUAAUAGCCUAUGAUCCUGAGAGAGACCUGCUGCCUCUUAUCCUGGCUCAUUGUAACUACUCUCUAGAGGUGGGAAAGGAGACCUUAGUUCAGUAUGAUUGGGCGGCUCUGGAGAGACAGCUGAUUGACAGGUUGUUGAGGGGAAGGCCUUUUGUCGAGUUCAAGGUAGGGUUGAGGUAUUAAGAAGACAUAGUACAAGAUGAGAAUAAAGCAUUUUCGAUUUUUUUUUUCUUAGAACUCGUUUUUACCGCACGGGAUUGUAUUUAUUCUCUUCAUUCUCUUACUGAGUUUGCUUUAUCUUACUGCAAACAGUUUCAAUCUCAUUUUUUUAAAGGCGUGUUUCUGUUUUGAAGAUAGGUCUCAAUCAGUCACAACAAUUUCAGUUGAUAGAUAACAAAAGCUUACCUUUUUUGACGUUUCAAGAUAGGACUCUGGAGACAGAUACAGUCAGAAGAGGGGUUAUUUCGUGGGGUUUAAGGGUUACAUGCAUACUGCUUCAGUUUUUGGGAAGUAUGUUGCAAACAGCGGUGUCAGCCCCAUUUCUUAACACUUAGUACUAUUCAUCCUUUUUGACCUUUUAUUUGAAUUACUUGUCUCGCUGGUCAGUAUCUGACGACCAAAAAUUCGAAAAAAAACAAAAAAACGAAGCCAACAUUCCUUUUCGAAGACGCGUUUAUAGAUUCAUGAUGACCACCCCUUCACAACUGGAAGAAGAAUUGCAAUCAAAGUAAUUGUAAUUUAUGUCAGCGCUUUUUUUUCUUUUGUUUCAGGAGGAACGUUUUGCGUUCAGCCGAGACACCCGAGAUGACGCAGUUUUCACUUCCCUCACUGGAAAAAUUCCUCAGGUAAAUUUCAUAGUUUUAAUAUGUACGUUAAACUAGUGUACCGUAAAGUUCUGGAACAGAAAUUUGCUUUCGCCCUAGUUUCAAUGAUGCACCCAAGAAUAAAAGUUCAAGGUGUGGAAUGUUUGAAAAGGAGAUUUUGUGUUUGUGGGUGUCUGAUAAUGAUUGAUUAUCGAUGCAAACUGGGGGUUUUAAAUUAGGGAAAAAUUUCAAAUUACCUUCAUUUAUGAAAUAUGUUUAUUUACUUAGUAAUAUGUUUUUCAUCCAUUUUCUCAUUUACUGGCAACCUAACUUUUUGUAACAGCUACUUUAUUGUUAACAACUGAGUUGAAAACGUAAAUUGGCCACCGUAUAGAUUAAACUGCGUGGUUGAAUGGAAUGUGGUCAGUGUUUUCCCUCUCAGCUAUUUGUAGUGCUGACUUGUCAAUCAAUUUGUGACGAAGGGCUAACGCUUGAAACGUCAGCCUUUAAACUCUUUACAGAGGUCAAUUUACGUUUUCAACUCAGUUGUUAACUAAAUUACCUGCUAUACUCUCCCACCGACGCAGCACCACAGUUUCUUUAGAAACUUACCCCCUUUAAUAACUUUUUUUAGUCUCGUCGGGAACGAAAUCUUGCUUCAAUUUUUGUUGUUUUGUCAUCUGGUAUGUCUUUGAUUGCAUUUUUGGGAAACAGGUUUAUAACCACUUUGAUCUGUCUUGACCACGGAAAGAGCAGUGCAUUCCACUUUCUAACAUGAUAAACUUUUUCCUCCAGCUAAUUAAGUAAAUGGAAGCAUGUUUUCGGCUCUGAAUUAUUUUUGUUACGACGACAGUAAUAUUUGUAUCACAUUAUUAUGAUGUUAUCGUUUGUAUAGGUGUGGUCAAGAUCUAAGACACUUACACCAAGUUUUUCUUUAAAGGAAUCACUUUCCCGCGUCGUCGAAAGUCAGAUUAUUAAUGAUCUGAGGUCUUCCUUGUCUGAUGUCUGUGAUGUUAUAUCGUCACUGGAUAUUGCCAUUGGUUUUCUUGCCUCAUCGGGUGGCCAGCCGGAGAGGCCUUUAAAAUGGUACUUACAUGAGGUACUUAAGCUACCCAAAGAUCGAGGUCUCAAGAGUGCAACAGUAAGUACAUUUCUUCUUUUUAUUUGAAAGACUCACUUAAUCCUUUGACUCCUAAGAUCUCAUUAGUAAUUUUCCUUACUGUUUCUCGUACAGUUCUUGUGGUGUUAGCUUGGAGAAUUUGGUAUUGGAUCAACUUAUAAUCCCCUAACUGAAUUUUUUUUUUAUUCUCAUCACUUGUCUGCUGGAUAUUGCAUUGAUAUUGUAUGGAGAAAUUCUGUCUUGGUCACUUAUGGGAGUUAAAGGGUUAAGCGGUCAUCCUUCUUGACUGGUGCAACGCUCCCAAUACUAAUAUCUGAAUCAAAAUGUUCCUCUUUGUGGCUACAAAAACUCAUUUCUGGACGCCAGAGGUUGGGUAACACUCGAACGAUGUGUAAGAGAUGUCUAAUAAUUAUUUACCAUUAGUUAACUAAAGCAGAAGCCCUGUUUUCGACUGUUUGCUCCUACGGCAGCAAUUGUUUUAUUUAAGAGUGCUUUGACUCUUCCCUUUUCCAUGGGAGCUUAUGGAUUAUGCCAUCUUGUUGCAGGCAGAGCAGCACUGCAGUUUGUCCCACACCCUGGCAUUGUGGCGGCUUAUGGCUCUCGAGAAAGCAAAAAUCAAGUCCAGGAACAAACAGGUUAGGUUUGAAAUGAUUUGUUGUUUUACCCUGGCUGGUUUAAUUUUCGAUCUGUGUGAUUUCCCUCAUUUUUUCACGAACCUUAGCACUAUGGCAUUCGUUCGUUUGCGAAUAAAAAUAACAAUUUCAACUUCGUUCAAAGUUUGUUAAGUGUUCUGCGGUGCUGUACACGAGAUUUAUACCUCUACUAUACCGCAAGGUUAUCAAAGUGUAGUUUUCAUAUUGAAGGUUUGGUGAGGUGUGUCUGAGCUCAUCAGAUCCACUUUAAAACAAACCUUUCUCGGAAAUUUCAUUUUUCAGGAGCCUUUUGAGCAAUUACCUGACGUUUUCAAGGAAAAAUUAGGCUCAAGCGAAAAGACCAGACUAGAGAGCGUGUUGCGAGAAAUCGACAUGGACAUAUUUCUGCCGCAGCUACUGCAGAUUAUUCUUCUGAAUGUGAAAAAAGAUGGCGAAACGAUUUCGACGAUGAGGUAAGACGGGCGAUUCGAAAUGUUUUAUUCUCUAAUGCGUCAAUUAAAUGAGAACCAAAGUCGUUAUUUUUAUCUUGCACCUCUUAUAGUUCCUUGCGUAACUGUAGGAAAUAACGCCUUCUCUUGCAAGUGUGGAGCUAAGACGUACAAACCAUGACAGCCAUGAGAUUUCUUUGUUAUGCCUUAUUUAUAGACUUUUGGUUUUAAAAUAACCUUUUUUCUCCAAAAAAAUUGUAAUUUUUUAAGUGAUAUAUUUCUUGGGAGGGAUGAUAUCGUCAGUGUCUUUUCUUUUAUUCGAACCAAAGGUGAUGAACACUUUACUGCGCCUUGUUGACCAAUUUUCCCUAAAUUUCCUCCUUAUUCAAAACUCCUUUUGUAUUUUGUAAACGAGCCUGUUGUUCAAGUCCACGCUCAAUUCUUUUUUGCACCGAUGUUUAAGAUAUGAAUGGAAAAUAGUGAAAUCCUGAUAUUGUUUAUUGGUAGGGGAGAAGAGACAGUUUACAGCACACUCUUUUGCGGCUUUAGAAAUCCUAAACUUUAACCAAUUUGCCUCGUGAAGUACUGUAGUUUAACAGGACUAAGAUCUAACCACAAAUUUAUUGCAGCUUUGAAGAUUACUUGGAUUGUUGUUUAGCCGAUAAAAGCUUGGAACAAAUCCCAGGAGCAGAGAACAUCCCGGACAGCAUCAAAAUGGCGCACCUAAAGGACGUCUGGAACUCCGCUGUCCAGCUAAGUGACGACUUCCACAAAGAUCGUCAAGCAGUUUAAUCCUCUAAUUAAGGAGCGGUCAGUUCAAAACUCAAAGAACACAGUGGUGCAGUUUGUUUUUAAAAAGUUUAAGCAGUCAACUUUCUUUAGUCAGUUAAAAGAAAUGAAUGGUACAUGCUGAAUUUUCAUAACAGCUUGGCUUCUAGUUUCAGUUUUCUUUCGCAAAACGAUGAGCUACUAGAUACACGUAAUAACAAAUUAAUUUGAAAAUGUUGGCAUAUGAUAAAUACUGCAUUUUUUGUAGCUACUGUGAGGUACUUUUUUGCUGUAGUUUAUGAAUAGGGCCAGCCAGUUUCUUUUGCCACAUACAUUUAACUUUGGUUUAAUUAGAAUGUUAGAAAAUUCUUCUCGGUGCCCCCUUUGCAAAAAUAGUAGAAACGGCGGAAGCUUUCAUGUAUCUUAAAUUUAAAAGGGGCCGGUAUUAUCGAUUAAUUUUUUAUAAUCUUUUUCCUUAUACACUCUAAAGAUAACUUAAAAUGCUACAGCUGAGAAUGAUAUUUGCAUGGCAUGCAAGUUUGAACCGCAC